AUGUCUUCAUGGCUGGUUUGCAUCAGUGCCUGGGGAGGAGCCAUCGUUAGGACCAAUAAGGCCUGUAUUGUCCCCUUCGGCCCCCUCACUCCAGCCGCCUUCCUGCUGAAUGGUUAAUCAUCUGGAAGUUUGGAGCAAAGUAUCAAUUACUGACUUACUCUGGUCCCAGAUCUGUCUUAGCCUGGUCCCAGUUACUCUCUGUUUUCAUCCCUUCUCAGGAAUGCGUAAUGCCACUUGUGUUACUACGCGCCUUUGCGUACUUGACCGAUCUUCUCAUCUAACCUUACACAUGACAUGUUGCUUGUCAACUACUAUCAGGGAUGUCCAAAAAGCAACAGACAUUAAGCAGAUCCUUUGGCGUUUCGCCACCUACAAAGAAACGCCAACUGGAGCCAGAGCCGAAGAAAAUACUUUUUUCGGAAAAGUGGCUUGAAGCUAACGAUGAGCGCACUGAAAUGUGGUGCAAGAUUUGCCGCUCAAAUCCACAUCUAGCAGACAAAACAGGUGCAUUUUAUAAAGGCUCAAAGAAUUUCAACCAUCCUUUAUUUGACAAACAUGAAAAGAGCAAGGAGCACACGAAUGUGGCGCAAGCCAUUGCUAAAAGCUAGCCGAGAAUAAAUGUCCAGUCGCCGAGACAAGCUGAAUGAAGAACAGCGGCAAGCUCUGUUUAAUAUUUUUCUCUUUCCAUAAAGCUAAACACGCACGUCCCAUGUCUUCCUAUUCUGAGGAUGUUCCUUUACUGAAUGCUUUUUGAUGGAUCUGAGGACAUCACAAAAACUGAGCAGGAAAUAGUUUACAUUGUGUCUGUGUCCAGCAACGGAGAGUUUACUUCGGACUUUAUUGGACUGAUUGAAUUGGGUGCUGACCGAACCGCACAGGCCAUAACAGACGGACUUGUGAGACUUUUGGUAAGUUUCAUAAUACCAGAUGGUCUGCAUGGAGUCAUGAAACACUGUUAAAAAUAUCAAGACUAUUGCCAGCCAUUAAAAUGCAACUGGUUACCAGGUAUUUAUUUCAGUCACACUGGUUGAAUUUUUGGCUAAAAGGUUACUGAAUCGAUUUCAAGUCACUGAAUCGUUUCGGAUCGUAUCGUUCUAAAUGAACCAAUAUCGUCCUUGAAUCGUAUCGACAACCACGAAUCGUGAUACAAAUCGAAUCGUUGUUAAAACGAAUCGUUACACCCCUACUUCUAACAGAAGAGAUGAAGAGGUUUAUGUAAAUGUGAAAAUGCUAAUAGAGGAGCUACAGAGAUCAUGGUACUGUUGUGGUCUGAAUUUACAUUUACAUUUUAGUCAUUUAGCAGACGCUCUUAUCCAGAGCGACUUACAUGAGCAAUUAGGGUUAAGUGCCUUGCUCAAGGGCACAUCGGCAGAUUUUUCACCUAGUCGGCUCGGGGAUUAGAACCAGCGACCUUUCGGUUACUGGCACAACGCUCUUAACCACUAAGCUACCUGCCGCUUCAUUUAACAUGUUGUCUACUGAGAAUGUUGGUUUGGCCAGUUCACUGGGUCAGGACCCUAUUGGCCAGUUCACUGGGUCAGGAUCUUAUUGGCCAUUUCACUGGGUCAGGACCUUAUUGGCCAUUUCACUGGGUCAGGACCUUAUUGGCCAUUUCACUGGGUCAGGACCCUAUUGGCCAGUUCACUGGGUCAGGACCUUAUUGGCCAGUUCACUGGGUCAGGACCUUAUUGGCCAGUUCACUGGGUCAGGACCCUAUUGGCCAGUUCACUGGGUCAGGACCCUAUUGGCCAGUUCACUGGGUCAGGACCCUAUUGGCCUUCUGGGUCAGGCCUAUUGGCCAGUUGUCAGACUAGAUCAUGGGUCAGGACCCUAUUGGCCAGUUCACUGGGUCAGGACCUUAUUGGCCAGUUCACUGGGUCAGGACCCUAUUGGCCAGUUCACUGGGUCAGGACCUAUUGGCCAGUUCACUGGGUCAGGACCUAUUGGCCAGUUCACUGGGUCAGGACCUUAUUGGCCAGUUCACUGGGUCAGGACCCUAUUGGCCAGUUCACUGGGUCAGGACCUAUUGGCCAGUUCACUGGGUCAGGACCCUAUUGGCCAGUUCACUGGGUCAGAAGGACUGUGUCGGAAAGGGUUCCUUUUAGGGUCAAUCCAAACGUGUUUGGUUAGGUCUCACAACAACCCAGCCAAAAGGUUUGGGGAAAAGUUUGUGAAUCACUGUGUGAGGGUUUUUACCAAGAAGAGUUUCUCUGCUCCCGUGCCGAGGGCGUACCCAUAAUGCAACAGGACACCUUUGUUACCUUGGCACACACCACCUCUCCUCCUCUCCUCUCAACCUCUCCUCGAAUCCUUUUGAAGCCUAUUUGACUUCCGCCAUCAACUACCCAAAAACUGUAGGCAGGGAUGAAAGGAUGAGGGAGGAGAGGAGAGGAGAGGAGAGGAGCUUGCCCGCGAAGUGAAUGCUGCAUACGCUUCUUUCUUUUGAACAAAAAAAAAGUGUUAUUUUAUCGUCUGUGUCAAAUUCAGUGAUCCACAUCUCAACAUCUGAGGGGAGUUAGGGGAGCGAGUGAAUUGAUUUUCCCUCCUUUAUAUUUAGUGGGAAGGAUGAGGAUGAAUAAUAAUGAAGAAGUGGAAGGUAGGAACGCUUUAGUAGAACUGAAUAACUUUGUGCUAAAAAAAACAACAUUUUUUAGAAGGAGAUGUUAUUGAACGUUGUAAAUCUUAAUGUCUUCAUGUUUAUUUCAUGUCUUUUUUAUCAGCUGUUGAAACGUCCCCUCAGGCCUGUCUGUGAAUACAAAGAGACAGGGACUAAUAGAAUAGAAUGAUUAAGAUUAGGAACUAAUUAUAUUUUCUCCUUCUCUGUAUUUUUCCUCCUCUCUCUCUCCUACCCUCCUCCCUCACUCCCUCAUCUCUCUCUCUCCCCCCCUUUCUCCUCGAUCUCCUUCAGUCUCUCUCUCUCUCUCAUACCCUCCUCCUCCCUCUUCUUCUCCCUCCUCUCUCUCUCUCUUUCUCUCUCUACCAAGUUACAAAGAGACAUAAAGAGUAACAUAAUAAUAGUUUUCUCUCCCCAUCCUCCUCCCUCUCCUCCAGAGAUGGUGUGGCAGUGGGUCCUGGCUGCCAUCUUGGCGACGCAGUCUCUCUCCCUCCUCGGCUCCGCCCACAACGAGUUCACCUCCGACACCCUCAUCAACAACGUAGUCCAGGACCCAACCACCGGUCGGCUGUACGUGGGCACGGUCAACGCCAUCUACCAACUGAACCAAUCCCUGUACACCGAGGCCCGCACCAAAACAGGACCCAGAUUGGACAACCGCCAGUGUACCCCGCCCGUGACGGGCUCCUGCCAGGAAGCGGUGGAGACCGACAACCAUAACAAACUGCUCCUCAUCCAUCCAUCCAAAGACACCUUGAUAGUGUGUGGGAGUCUGUACAGAGGAAUCUGUUCUCUGAGGAGCCUGUCUAAUGUAGAGCAGCUGCUGUACUUCAACGAUACUAAAGGAGAGAGGACGUACGUGGCCAGUGCUGAGGAGAGUGUGUCUGUAGUAGGGGUCAUGUCUUACUACGUCAGCAAGGACAAUGAGAACAGUAAGAACUUCACCGUCUUCCUGGUAAGUGGACUAACCACACCGUGAUAUGUCACAGUAAUAAUAAUAUGUCAUUUAGCAGACACUUUUAUACAAAGCGACGUGUAUAAAUGUUCUACGUAUGGGUGGUCCCAGGAAUUGAACCCACUAUCCUGGCGUUGCAAUUGCCAUGCUCUACCAACUGAGCUACAGAGGACCACAGGGUUGUUCUGGUUUUUAAUCUGCUAUUGUGACGUAGAGAUCUAUAGAUGGUCUCUACCAACUGAGUUACAGAGGACCACAGGGUUUCUGUUUCUAAUCAGCUAUGGGGACAUAGAUGGUAUCAUAUUUAUCACUAUUCACUGGGACUCAAAUGGAACUCCACUCCACUGAAUGUCCUGCAACCUUGUUGUGAUGUUUUUGAUGUUAUAUGGGGAUUUAAAAUGGUAAAGGUACUAGAUAAGUGAAUUUCACAUGUUCUGUUCCCUCUGUCUUGUCCUAGGUGUGUAAAGGUUAUGGCAGCCACGACUGCACCAAGCUGAAACAUGUUGUAUUUACUUCCUGGUCACCAUGGUAUCUGGUAUUUGCCCCCUCUCUGUUCUCUUCAGGUGGCUAAGGGCUACGGCAGCCAUGACAGCACCAAGCUGAUCAGCACCCGUAUCCUCCAGGACCAUGGUGACUGGGUGUUGUUCGACAGUAUCAUCGAGGCCUCGGCCGUCCAGUCCAACCCCUUCACACUGCGUUACCUCCACGACUUCAAACACGUCUUCAAGGUAAGAAAGACGGAGAAAAGCCUUUUGCACACACAGCAGUGUGAAACGUCCCCUUGGGCCGGUCUGUGAUUACAGCGUUACCAAGAGACUGAAAGGGGAAUAGAAUGAUUCAUCUCACUCUUUUUCCGCUCCUUUUUUUUCACUUUCUCUCUCUCUCUUUUUAUGUCUUCUCUUCUUCCAGGAUGAAUGGCUUUGUCUACUUCCUGUUCUCCAGAACCCUGGGCGCCCAGGAUUCAGGAACCAAGAACUUCACCUUUAUCUCCAGGAUGUGUGAGAACGACCACAACUACUACUCGUACACAGAGCUCCAGCUGAACUGCAGCGCGGGGAACAGGUACAACAAGGUCCAGGCAGCCUACGUGUCCCUUCCAGGAGAAGCCCUGGCCAAAAAUAUGAGCUCCUCUGGCCAGUACGGACCGGUUGGAGCCCUGGAUAAGGUAUGUAUUUCAACUUAAUCCGCUAUCCAGUUCAAUUCUAUAGCCCAAUUAAAUUGUAUAACCCCUAAUAGAAUUGUUCGAAGGGGACAAAUAGAGUUGUUUGAAUUAGAUUGAAUCCCACAAAAAUGUGUUUGGACAGAUGAAGCGGGUAUUUUCUUUAGGAAAAUGACUUUUUGUAGUUUUCCAUUUCACCAUUAUUUAACCAGGCAAGUCCGAACCAUCAGAACAGUCUGUUAAGAACAGUGACUUCUGUAUUGCUGUCAGGUUCUGUUUGUGGUGUUCAGCUCGGACGAUGACAGCUCCACCUCGGCAGUGUGUAUGUACCCACUGAGGGCCAUCAACAAGAGACUGGUGGAGAUCAUAGGAGCCUGCUACAGCAACAAGGGACACAUUAACGGGACGUCUGCCGUCUACUCACCGUACUCCUCCAAGUCAGAUGAGCUGUGUAAAACUGAAAAGGAGGUUUGUAGCCUUACCAGCACAUCCAGUCAAGGGCAGUUGUACUGUAUGUCCUCUGGUAAGAGGAUGGAGAAUGUAUCUGGUGUUAGCUAGCAGGUCAGUUUUGAAGCAAUUGAUGGUUUUCUAGUUUACAUUGAAGUUAUGGUUGUUGCUCUUCUACAAUUAACUUUACAAGAGGAUGUAGAUAUGAUCUAAUAACUGUUACAUUAUCACAUCUACCUACUAAUGAAAUAAUGUAUCUGACGUUGAUUCCUCCCCUCUACAGAAUGGCAUGGUGAUCUCCCAAAAGUGUGGUGCUGAGUUCCUGCCCUCCCCACUUGCCAGUAGGGCAGAGUUCGCCCUGGCAACCAAACCCAUCUUCACCAAGAAGGGCCUGAUGACCGCUGUGGCCGUCGCUGUGGAAACGGAGCACACCGUUGCCUUCCUGGGGACUGCUUUAGGAGAGGUACUAGCUAAUAGUGAUGGGCAUUCCCAGUCUUUUCGGUGAGCCAGAUCUUUUGGCUCCCAAUGGAUCUUUGUUCAGUAGUCCUUACAAAUGGAUGAAAAACCAUGACAAAUAUAAAAAGGUCUCAUGUAAAGGCUGAAGGGUUGCCUACCAUUAUGUCAGAUUGUGACGCGAGUUCAAUUAAAUUGUUUACCUGGCCAAAUUAAAUCCCUUGAAAUGUAUGUAAUUUUUGUGUGGACCACAAUGAGGUUUUCUUCAGAGAAUGUUUUUUUUAAACUGAACUCCAGAUGAUGGGUUAGGAGGUGCAAUCUUCAGAGAUGUUUUUCUACUGAACUCAGAUAUGGUUGAGAGGUGCAAUCUUCAGAGAAUGUUUUUCUAACUGAACUCCAUGAUGGUUAGGAGUUCAUCUUCGAGAAUGUUUUUCUACAACUGAACUCCAGAUGAUGGUUGGGGAGUGCAAUCUCAGAGAAUGUUUUUCUAACUGAACUCAUGAUGGUUGAGGAGGUCAAUCUCAGAGUGUUUUUCUAACUGAACUCAGAUGAUGGUUGAGGAGUGCAUCUUCAGAGAUGUGUUUCUCACGAACAGAUGAUGGUUGAGGGGUGCCAUCUUCAAGAAUGUUUUUCUAACUGAACUCAGAUGAUGUUGCGAGGUGCAAUCUCAAUAAUGUUUUCUACUGAACUCCAGAUGAUGUUGAGGAGUGCAAUCUUCAAAGAAUGUUUUUCUAACGGAACUCCAUGAUGGUUGAGGAGGUGCAAUCUUCAGAGAAGGUUUUCUAACUGAACUCAGAUGAUGGUUGAGGAGGUGCAAUCUUCAGAAGUUUUUCUAACUGAACUCCAGAUGAUGGUUGAGGAGGUGCAUCUUCAGAGAUGUUUUUCUAAUGACUCAGAUGGUGAGGAGGUGCUCUUCAAGGAAUGUUUUUCUAACUGAACUCAAAUAUGGUUGAGGAGGUGCAUCUUCAGAGAUGUUUUUCUACUGAACCUCCAGAUGAUGGUUGAGGAGGUUGCAACUUCAGAGAAUGUUUUCUACUGAACUCCAAAUGUUGAGGAGUGCAAUCUUCAGAGUAAUGUUUUUCUAACUGACCUCCAGAUGAGGUUGAGGAGGUGCAUCUUCAGAGAAUGUUUUUUUUAAACUGAACUCCAGAUGAUGGUUGAGGAGGUGCAAUCUUCAGAGAAUGUUUUUCUAACUGAACUCCAGAUGAUGGUUGAGGAGGUGCAAUCUUCAGAGAAUGUUUUUCUAACUGAACUCCAGAUGAUGGUUGAGGAGGUGCAAUCUUCAGAGAAUGUUUUUCUAACUGAACUCCAGAUGAUGGUUGAGGAGGUGCCAUCUUCAGAGAAUGUUUUUCUAACUGAACUCCAGAUGAUGGUUGAGGAGGUGCAUCUUCAGAGAAUGUUUUUCUAACUGAACUCCAGAUGAUGGUUGAGGAGGUGCCAUCUUCAGAGAAUGUUUUUCUAACUGAACUCCAGAUGAUGGUGGUCUGGAGCUCAAACUGCAGCAGUAGCAGGGAGCCAAAUGAACAGCUCAGUUCUCGACGUUCACCAAAAAGAGCCGUUGGUUGGCGGACGACCCGUCACUACUAGUUAACACCUUACUAUUGCAAUACGGUCAUUCUUACACUAACACUCACACUUGUCUUUCUUACUAGCACUCUAACUGAUUUAGCUAAUAGCUGCUUUUUUGAAGAAAGUUUUACUUGAGGAAAGCAAUGACUGUGAUAUGUGGUUGGUCUUACCUAUAAGAGCGUCUGCUAAACAGAAAGGCGUCCUGCUGAAAUGUUAUUCAAUAGGCUGCUCGGACUUAUAUAGAUUGUCCUUAGUAGUUGACUAAUGUCUUCUGCGUCGACCUGGCCACCUUUUCUGUCUUCUUUCUGCUAAUGAAACGCAGGUGCUGAAGCUGCACCUGUCGGCCAGUCCAGAGGUGUACGGCCGCGCCCCGGGGGAGAACACCGGUGACAAGGUCAACAAGAACCUGCUGUUUGACACCAGCCUCACACACCUCUACAUCACCACAGAGAAGAAGGUGAGCCGUGAACAUAUCUAGAACUUUAUUCGAUAGUGUAGAUUUUUAUCGGUGUGAGGCACUCCAUGCAUUUUGGUUAGUGCGAUAUCAAUGUUUGAAUCACCCAUGAUUGUUUUUCUCAUAGAUCACCAAGGUGCCAGUGCAGGCGUGCCACCUGAAGUCAGACUGCCAGUCCUGCGUGUCACAGAAAGACCCCUACUGUGGGUGGUGUGUGCUGAAGGGCAGGUGAGUACAGUACCAGUUAUGCUAUAGCCAAUGUUCCCUCUAAGCUGCCGCGCAGAAGAAAUAUCAGCCCGCGCAGAGAAGCACGAGAUUGAAUUUCAUUCCAUUUUCUAGAGUUUUCCCCUUAGUUAACCACUAUCAGUUUUUCCCUUUACUGUGGGAAUUGUGAUUGAAUCAACGCUUUCAAUGCAACAUACAGAAACAAAAUGAACUAUGCAAGAGAUUUUGUUGUAGGCAGAACACAUUGGAGUAGGAUUCUAUUGCGUUGACAGGCACUACUCAGCCCCUACUCUACACAGACCAGUGCGCCAUAACCAAUCAGAGCUGCAUGUAGCCACUUGUGCACAUUUUGUUCAUAUCCUUUCCUAGUUAGUGAGUUAUUAGCCCAGUUAUAGAUCAUUUGUAGUCAGCAAUAGGGGAGUGAUUGCUUCCUACAAGAGUACAAAACGUAUACAUUUCUAGACAUCUUUGAAAAGCAAGUCAGGUAAAGAUAGGUUUUUGUCUUAAAGGGGCAGUGUUGUAUUUUGUGACAGGCUUGAAUAAGUUAAGUUGACAAUAGGCAGAGGGUAGCAUAAUUUGUCUGAUUCUCUGUAAUAAUGGUAUGGGAAUAAUAAUGCAUUAUAUUUUGUAAAGUGGUUUCUUGCAUCAAACAACACAACAACGUUUUCAGUCACCUCCUUGUCUGAAGGAAAAGUGGAUAAACAGGUUAAUGUUCAAAAGUCUCAUGGAAUGUAGGCCUACAUUGAACACCCCACAUUGGCUGCUACUGUAGGCUGAAUGAUAGAACAGCUAUUUGCUCAGUGCCCAACAAAUUUGAGGGAACAUUGGUUAUAGCUGCAAUAUUUCCUGCUGUUCAUUGAUCUUUCAAUGAAUAAUAAAAUAUAACUUAUAAAUGUCUUAUGAGCUUAGUACUGCCUUCUCCUAUUAUAGAUGGUCCAGGACUAUUUUCUCUCUUUAGCUCCUAUCAUUUAUGAACCGGGCAUGGAUACAGGUAGCAGACUCCUGGUUAGCUGUAGUCUAGGGUUAGGGUUAGCUGUAGUCCAGGGUUAGGGUUAGCUGUAGUCCAGGGUUAGGUGUAGUCCAGGGUAAGGGUUAGCUGUAGUCCAGGGUUAGGGUUAGCUGUAGUCCAGUGUUAGGUGUAGUCCAGGGUAAGGGUUAGCUGUAGUCCAGGGUUAGGUGUAGUCCAGGGUAAGGGUUAGCUGUAGUCCAGGGUUAGCUGUAGUCUAGGGUUAGCUGUAGUCCAGGGUAAGGGUUAGCUGUAGUUCCGGGUUAGCUGUAGUCUAGGGUUAGCUGUAGUCCAGGGUUAGGGUUAGCUGUAGUCCAGGGUUAGGUGUAGUCCAGGGUAAGGGUUAGCUGUAGUCUAGUGUUAGGGUUAGGUGUAGUCCAGGGUAAGGGUUAGCUGUAGUCUAGUGUUAGGGUUAGCUGUAGUCUAGGGUUAGCUGUAGUCCAGGGUUAGGGUUAGCUGUAGUCCAGGGUUAGCUGUAGUCCAGGGUUAGCUGUAGUCUAGGGUUAGCUGUAGUCUAGGGUUAGCUGUAGUCUAGUGUUAGGGUUAGCUGUAGUCUAGGGUUAGGGUUAGCUGUAGUCUAGGGUUAGGGUUAGCUGUAGUCCAGGGUUAGGGUUAGCUGUAGUCCAGGGUUAGGUGUAGUCCAGGGUAAGGGUUAGCUGUAGUCUAGGGUUAGGGUUAGCUGUAGUCUAGGGUUAGCUGUAGUCCAGGGUUAGGGUUAGCUGUAGUCCAGGGUUAGCUGUAGUCUAGGGUUAGCUGUAGUCUAGGGUUAGCUGUAGUCUAGUGUUAGGGUUAGCUGUAGUCUAGGGUUAGGGUUAGCUGUAGUCUAGGGUUAGGGUUAGCUGUAGUCUAGGGUUAGGGUUAGCUGUAGUCUAGGGUUAGGGUUAGCUGUAGUCUAGGGUUAGGGUUAGCUGUAGUCUAGUGUUAGGGUUAGCUGUAGUCUAGUGUUAGGGUUAGCUGUAGUCUAGUGUUAGGGUUAGCUGUAGUCUAGUGUUAGGGUUAGCUGUAGUCUCGUGUUAGGGUUAGCUGUAGUCUAGUGUUAGCUGUAGUUCAGGGUUAGGGUUAGCUGUAGUCUAGGGUUAGCUGUAGUCUAGGGUUAGGGUUAGCUGUAGUCCAGGGUUAGCUGUAGUCCAGGGUUAGCUGUAGUCCAGGGUUAGGGUUAGCUGUAGUCCAGGGUUAGCUGUAGUCCAGGGUUAGGGUUAGCUGUAGUCUAGGGGUAGCUGUAGUCUAGGGUUAGCUGUAGUCCAGGGUUAGCUGUAGUCCAGGGUUAGCUGUAGUCUAGGGUUAGGGUUAGCUGUAGUCCAGGGUGUGACUGGUCUGUUCUCCUCCAGGUGUACCAGGAAGGGAGACUGUCCCGGGGUUGAUGACAACAGGUGGCUGUGGAGCCCCAACCAGCAGUGUGUUCAGAUCCAGGCCUUUAGCCCACCCAACCUCAGCUGUAUGAAGACCCAGCAGGUACUGAGUCUGAGUGGUUGAGUUUCCCUGUCAUUGGCAGCUGUCCUCUCCAGUGUGAAAGUAGCCUCAUCUGUUGUGCUGGGUUUGCUUCAUUCGGAAUUCAUUCGUUCUGAGUUUAACUCUAGUCAAUUCCACUAAGCUCUGCUCCCUUCCAGUGCAUUUCACACACACACACACACACACACACACACACACACACACACACACACACACACACACACUCUAAAAUUAGCUUUCUUGGGCAGUUCUGGAUUAAUGAACUGUGUACAUUUAAACUGCACACCUGAAUAUCAGUCACUUCCCUUUGUUUCACCCCAUUUCAUCUGUUCUCUCCAGCAACUUGAGUUUUUGUCACAUAACCACUCCUGUGAAUCAAAAAAAAUAAUGGCAUUGAGAUGAUUUCCUCAAUGGACCUCUUUGUAUUCAAGAGGGAGUUUAUCUUGUUUCUCUGUCUCUCUCUCUCCCUCCCUCCCUCUCUUCCACUCUCAAAAACCUCUCUGUUUAUCUCCUGUCCAGGUUGAAAUCGACAUCCCCACCCUCCCCAGGAUCAGCCGUUCUGACGUUAUAGAGUGCAGGUUUGGUUUGUUCAGUAGUGGAGCUGUGGUGAUUGAUCAGAAGGUCACCUGUACUCUCCCUGACCCUGUGGACAUCCCCCCUACACCUGACAAGCAGGGUGAGUCCUCCUGAAUACUAGUCCUCCUGAAUACUAGUCCUCCUGAAUACUAGUCCUAACCCCAGUCCUUAGGUCCUUGGGUAGUAGAUGGGUACUGUAUACUGUUUUUAAGCCUGGAUAUCAGUCUGUUUCUUUUUUAACCAACUUGUCUUUAUCUUGCCAAAACAAGGCAACAAUGUAGUGUUUUUAUUCAAUACAGAAUCAGUCAGGUGACCAGGCUAACAUUUCCUCUCAGGGUAAUGGACUGUUUUGUGGGAACUGUGAUAUUCUGUGAUAUUCUGUUCAGACUUUGUGACGGUGCCAGUGAGGAUCCUGGUCAACGAUAGCAUCGAGGUGACGUCCAGUGAAUACAAGUUCUACAACUGUGCAGCCACUGUCAGGAAGUCCGAGAACACACCGUAAGUGGCGCCAGUUGAACCCUUUAUGGUCAUCAACCUUUUCUGAGGCAAGAUCACUUUUGGAGUCAAAAAGCAAGCUGAGAUCUACCACUCAGAUUUUUUUUUAAACAUGGCCUGUCAAUAUUUUUCUUCUCAGACCAUAUUAUGUUUCAAAACUGGAGCUUUGAUAACAAAAUAGAUCAGUUGUAUCAUUUGCGAGGCACAGCUGAGCAUAAAUUGAAAUUAUACUAUUUAAAUUAUAUUAUUUAAUUUUACUGGAGUUGAUGGUACCUACAUAUGAUGGUCAGUCUCAGCGGAGGGAGAGCGCAGCAGAGGGUCCUCCUCUCAUGGUCCCUGCUCUCUCCUUUUCUCCGGUAAGACUGACCAGAGAGAGGGGACACCAUCUUCCACCUGAUGGCGAAACCCGAGUCGCACCACAUUAUUUCUGCCUCAUUCACAAAUUCAGCUAUCCGAUUGACCCGCACAGUAGGCACACAGUUUGUCCCUUCAGACAAAUGAAAUGGUUCAAAAUGGGAACACUUUGCCUACCCGGCGCCCAGCACGUCUGAAUCAAGUGCAAGACUAAUAAAAUAAGUGGAGUGCAAGGCUUUGUCGUUGGCUUUUCAGAAAUGUUUGGUGAUCGACCAGUAGGUGACCACUGCUUUAUGGAAACAAACCGUUAAUCUGACAGUUAUUCUCAGUGCUCUGUUCAGUCAUUUUACACUGAACACUUUUGUGGAUCUCUGUGCUCAUUGGCUAUAUAAACUCUGACUCCCUAACUCUUCCUCCUAUUGGCUGAUUGUCCCCAGGUGUAUAGCGUGUGUGACCAGUGAGUGGCAGUGCCAGUGGAAUGGCCAGGACCACACCUGCAGUGACAGCGAUGACGCUGUAGAGGGAGCUCACGUCAUCAAAGCCCAACAAGUAGGAGGAAGCGCUGUCUCAGUGAACUUGACAUCUUGGCUCAAUCUCCUUUAGUCUUUCCACAGUUCCUCGCGUCCUCUCUCCCCGCCUCCUUCUCAAGAAGAAGGUCCAAUACUUUUUGAUAAGAGAGGAUGUGAGGAGUUGAGGGAAGAUUAAUUGAUAAAGAGCCAUUGUCUCUGAGCCAUCUUGUAUCUGUUACAGACUUUCUGCCUUAUAGGUGGCAACUAGCAAGCUCUUCCUGUCUGUCUGCCUGUCUGAUUAAACCAGCUAUAACCACCUUCUGUUCUCCCUCCAGGCUGAUAGCUGUCCUCAGUUUGAGAACCCAGAUCCUCAGCUCAUCCCUGUAGGCUACUGCAUCCCCAUCAGCUUCCAAGGGAAGAACCUGGACAUUUACAAGGUGAGAUAGACACAGCUCUUAGGCUUCGUCCCAAGUGACACCCUAUUACCUAUACAGUGCACUAUGUAGGGAAUAGGGUGCCAUUUGAGUGCACUAUGUAGGGAAUAGGGUGCCAUUUGAGUGCACUAUGUAGGGAAUAGGGUGCCAUUUGAGUGCACUAUGUAGGGAAUAGGGUGACAUUUCAGACACACCUCUAUUUACUCAAUGUCAAUCAUUGAUGAUAACAUUGUCUCUCUCUCUUGUCCUGUGUGUCUGUCUCUCUCUUGUCCUGUGUGUCUGUCUCUCUCUUGUCCUGUGUGUCUGUCUCUCUCUUGUCCUGUGUGUCUGUCUCUCUCUUGUCCUGUCUGUCUUAGGAUCGCACGUUUAAGAUAGGCACGGAGCUCAUGAAACACACAGAGGAAGAGUUCACCUUUGAUGAGGGGUCAAAGUUCAACUUCAAGGGUUAUGAGGUCAGUAAUAUCCACCUCUCUAGUUGAGAAAACACAGGUUUUAGAUCACAGCGCGCCACAUGAGCAGUAGAAGUUCUGUCUUUUCCCUCAGUCCCAAAGCCGGUGUUGUGAAAUGCAGGAUAUUCACCUCAAGCCUCCAGCCAGUAUUCCAACUCUUUCUCUCUCUCUCUCUCUCUCUCUCUCUCUCUCUCUCUCUCUCUCUCUCUCUCUCCCUCUCUCUCGUCUCCUCGCCCUCUCUCCCUCUCUACUCUCUCUCUCUCUCCUCUUCUCCUCUCUCCUCUCCUCCGCAUCUCUCUUCAUCUCUCCUCUCCUUCUCUCUCUCUCUCUCUCUCCUCUCUCGUCUCUCCUCUCUCUCUCUCUAUCACUCUUCUCUUCCCCCCUUCUCUCUCAGCGCUCUGCCGCAGUCUUCACUCGUCUCACCUCGCCUCCCUCCCUCUUGCCUCUCCGGCUCUCCAGUCCUCCUCUCUUCCUCCUCUCUCUCUCUCUCUCUCUCUCUCUCUCUACUGAUCUGUUUUCAUACUGAGUUUGAGAGGCUGCCAAUAUGGAGUUAAAGUAUAUUGAGCUGCGAACCACAGCACUGCUACCCACUGUGGGGGGAAGUCAUUGGGUUUAAUAAAAAACACAUCAGAUGGGGAGUCUAUUUUGGGAGAGAAAAAACCCAAAGUUCCCCAGAAAAAUUCCCUAGCUUGUUGUGUGUGUGCAUGCGUGCAUGUCAGCGCUUCCGUUAGGAAAAUGUGGUGUAGGACAUUUGACAGGAAGCAUUAGAAUUUAAGCCUUUUGAGAAAUUUACCGGACCCAUAUGCGUAACCUGAUUAGGGUGCUUAGAAUGACAGAAAUCACAUUUUGAUUAUGGUAAUUCAUCUUAACAGAAUAUGCAACUCAAGGAUGCAACGAUGUGCAGUUUGAAGAUGUUAGAAUAACUGUCCACAUUUACUUUUCUUCAGCCAACAAGACGAGUAACGAACAGCAAAAUCACUAGCCUAUGUCAAUCUAAUAUCCCCCAUAGUAGAAAAGUUGUCCUUGUGGUUCUGUGCAAGAAAGAAAUAGCCUAUUCCAAACAGACUCUGGGACAGUUGAGGGACGAUGGAUCCCAAAUUCAUACAACCACUAGGCUACGUCAUUAUUAUUUAUUUAUUUAUUUUUAAGAAAUGAGUCUGAUGCAACAGAUCAGAACGUUUAGCUUCCCGUUAGAAGCACAGCAAUGCUCACAUGGCAGUAGGCUACGUGCGGUUAUUAGUUCAAUAAUGCAAUUAGCAGUAAAACACUGUUCUUCUCCCGGACAAUUGUCCGGCGCCAGUUUUAUUUAUCGCUUUUCCUUUAUUUAUUUUAUUUUUUAAGCCAGCGAUAACCAGCUAACAGAAACCCUGGUGUGUGUGUGUGAGUCUCUGUGAGUGCGAGAAAGAGAGGGUUUUGCCAUGUCUCUGGCCCUCAGAUGUCAGUUUUCUCUGUUGUGUAUAUCCUGUGUGUUAGUUUGCCUACGACAAGGAGCAGGAGGUCAAUGUGUCCUUCCACAUCAAAGACAGAGACACAGAGAAGAAGAUUGACAGCACUCUGACUGGUGAGUCAGGUCCUCUAACACACACUGGAGUUGAUUCAGCACUGUUGUUCAAUGCUGUGUUCAAACAACUAUGUCAGUGUCUGAAUACAACCAGGAUUAUUCCGCAGGAACUGUUAAUCCAUUUGAACUCUUUCACCUUAAUGGACCUGCUUUGGAUAACCGGAGUAUCAGACAUAUUUAUUAUUCAUUCAUUAUUAUUAUUUAUACAUUUUUUGGACAAAGGUCAAGCUUAUUUGUAUAAGAUGUGAACCCUGUACAGACUGGUGGGUUAUUGGUAUUAAGUUGAUGUUUGUUCUCUUUCCCCUCCUCACCUCCUCCCCCCUCUGCUUCUCUCACCUCCCCUCUCCCCCUCCUCAACCUCCUCCCCCCUCUGCUUCUCUCACCUCCCAACCUCCCCCCCUGCUCUCUCAACCCCCCCCCCCCCUCAACCCCCCCUGCUUCUUCUCUCACCUCCCCUCCCCACCCUCACCUCCCCCCCUCUGCUUCUCUCCCCUCCCCAACCUCCCCCCCUCGCUUCUCUCACCUCCCCUCUCCCCCUCCUCCCCUCCUCAACCUCCUCCCCCUCUGCUUCUCUCACCUCCCCUCUCCCCCUCCUCAACCUCCCCCCUCUGCUUCUCUCACCUCCCUCUCCCCUCCUCCUCCCCUCCUCGCCUCUCACCUCCAACCUCCCCCCCUCUGCUUCUCUCACCUCCCCCUCCCCUCCUCCCCUCCUCACCUCCUCCCCCCUCUGCUUCUCUCACUUCUCUCUCACCCCCCCCCUCCCUCCUCAACCUCCUCCCCCCUCUGCUUCUCUCACCUCCCCUCUCUCCUCCUCCCCCCCUCUGCUCUCUCACCUCCCCCUCCUCCCCCCUCUGCUUCUCUCACCUCCCCUUCCACUCUCCUCAACCUCCUCCCCCCUCUGCUUCUCUCACCUCCCCUCCCCUCUCCUCAACCCCCCCCCCUCUGCUUCUCUCACCUCCCCCUCCUCCUCUCCUCAACCUCCUCCCCCCUCUGCUUCUCUCACCUCCUCUCUCCCAUUCUACCUCCUCCUCCUCUCCUCUCUCCACCUCCUCCUCCUCCUCCUCCCUCCCCCUCCUCUCCAUCUCUUAGUGGUGCUGUAUAACUGUUCUCUGGGUCGUGAGGACUGCAGCCUGUGUAAGAACGCCGACCCCAAAUACAACUGUGUGUGGUGUGCCAAUAUGAAGUCCUGUGUCUACAGGGAAUUGUGCCAGUCCCAGGAACCAGCGCAGUGCCCCAACCCCAAGAUCACUGACGUGAGAACAGUCUCUCUCUAUGAUCUGGUGCACUCUUCCUUCCUGUCUUCUUCUUUCCUCUAACUGUCACUGUCUUGUUUUACUCUUCUCUCACACUGCUGUCCUCCUCAACUUGCUCUCUCUUUCUCGCUCUCCCUCCCGCUCUCUUUCCUCUUUCCCCCAUCUCUCUCACUCUCCUCUCUCGCUUCCCCCUCUCCCUAUCUCUUUCUCCUCUCUCCCCCUUUCGUCCCCUCUUUCUCUUUCUUGCCCUCGCUCCCUCCCCCCUCUCUCUCCCUCCCCUCCCCUCUCUCUCUCUCUCUACCCCAACUCCCUAUCCCUCUCCUCCUCUCUCUCCCCUCUCCUCUCCCCCUCUCUCUUUCUCCCUACUAUAUACACACUGAACUACUACUGUAAUGACUGUUCACUACUAUAUACACACUGAACUACUACUGUUAUGACUGUUCACUACUAUAUACACACUGACUACUACUGUAAUGACUGUUAGCUACUAUAACACACUGAACUACUACUGUAAUGACUGUUCACUACUAUAUACACACUGAACUACUACUGUAAUGACUGUUAGCUACUAUAUACACACUGAACUACUACUGUAAUGACUGUUAGCUACUAUAUACACACUGAACUACUACUGUAAUGACUGUUAGCUACUAUAUACACACUGAACUACUACUGUAAUGACUGUUCACUACUAUAUACACACUGAACUACUACUGUAAUGACUGUUAGCUACUAUAUACACACUGAACUACUACUGUAAUGACUGUUAGCUACUAUAUACACACUGAACUACUACUGUAAUGACUGUUAGCUACUAUAUACACACUGAACUACUACUGUAAUGACUGUUCACUACUAUAUACACACUGAACUACUACUGUUAUGACUGUUAGCUACUAUAUACACACUGAUAGCAGUGACCAUUUAUAUUCUAGUCUAAUCUACCACACUCAUCUAAAUCAUCCCUUCUCUCUCUCUCUCCUCCGUCUAAUCCCCAGAUCAUCCCUCGUUUCGGGCCUCUGAACGGUGGGAUAGCGGUGACCAUUAAAGGGUCUAACUUGGGCAUAAAGAAGGAAGACAUUAAGAAGGUGACGGUGGCUGGAGUGGACUGUGUUCACCAGGGGGACAGAUACUCUGUAUCCACCAGGUAUAGUACAGUGAUUGUUGGGGGGCAGGGUCACAUCCAUGUAAUCACGGCCGGCCUGCUCAUUAGGCAGGAUUAAGCGUCCACCUAUGGCGGCAGAUUGACAAGGGCAGCAUUUUCUGAGCUAAACUGACCAAGACACACCAACAACAACACACAAAACCUCACAUAAUUCUUCCCAAAAUCAGUGACAAUUUCUCUCAACCAGUGGUAUAUGGGCUUUUUAGGUGAGCGCUGAUGCCACCUUGUAAUAAACAGUGUCCACUUUGUCAAAGGCAGGGUCACUAAAUAUUUUGCUUGUCCUUUCCCAGCACGCCUCUCCAGGGCGCUGUUGGAGAGACGCAUCGCUGCAGCGCUCCACCAACGUUCAGUCAAAAAAUGAAUCUAACAUAAAUAAUGUAGCUGAUAUAGGAUAUGGUAGAAAGAGUAUGUGGCCUUUUCUGUAGCCUACAGGCUGGAGAUAAAAUGUAUGACAACGUAAUGAAACGGACACUUUUUACAUCAUGCAGGUUUCUCUGAUCAAAUAGUGAUCAAAUAGCCGAACCUACAUGGAAACCAAUCAAAUACAAAAUUAGCUGUCAUGGUAACAAACAACAUAUCCUAAAAACAGGACAGGUCAAAGUCAAAUGGACAAUAUGGAGUGGACAAUCACAACUGUUGUCCAGGAGUUCCAUCUCAUUGUCAUGAUCAGUGGUUUCAAGUUUGUAUCUGUCAAUUUGAUCAUAGUGUAAAAUAAAAUACUUCUGCAUUUCCCGCUGUGUAAACACCUUGCAAAUAGGAUCCUGAUAACUCCUGAUAAAGUUGGGUAGCUGAUAUUCAAGGCUUAAAUAGCCAAAUUGAUUAGUCACAGUAAUCAGAACUAAAAAAGACAAUGUAACGGCCUGUUUUACAAACGGUGGGCCUACCAUGUGGAUGGGCAUUCAUAACAUUCCAUUGUGGCAGACAUGAUGGGCUACACCCCAGUAAGCACGAGCCGACAUCUUUUAGAUGUCUUUUUUUGGUCCUGUUUGGAUGUCGUUUUUUUGGUGUUUUACAAACGGUAGGCUUACCACAUACAGUGGGGAGAACAAGUAUUUGAUACACUGCCGAUUUUGCAGGUUUUCCUACUUACAAAGCAUGUAGAGGUCUGUAAUUUCAAAAAUCCAGAAAAUCACAUUGUAUGAUUUUUAAGUAAUUAAUUUGCAUUUUAUUGCAUGACAUAAGUAUUUGAUCACCUACCAACCAGUAAGAAUUCCGUCUCUCACAGACCUGUUAGUUUUUCUUUAAGAAGCCCUCCUGUUCUCCACUCAUUACCUGUAUUAACUGCACCUGUUUGAACUCGUUACCUGUAUAAAAGACACCUGUCCACACACUCAAUCAAACAGACUCCAACCUCUCCACAAUGGCCAAGACCAGAGAGCUGUGUAAGGACAUCAGGGAUAAAAUUGUAGACCAGCACAAGGCUGGGAUGGGUUACAGGACAAUAGGCAAGCAGCUUGGUGAGAAGGCAACAACUGUUGGCGCAAUUAUCAGAAAAUGGAAGAAGUUUAAGAUGAUGGUCAAUCACCCUCGGUCUGGGGCUCCAUGCAAGAUCUCACCUCGUGGGGCAUCAAUGAUCAUGAGGAAGGUGAGGGAUCAGCCCAGAACUACAUGGCAGAACCUGGUCAAUAACUUGAAGAGAGCUGGGACCACAGUCCCAAAGAAAACCAUUAGUAACACACUACGCCGUCAUGGAUUAAAAUCCUGCAGCGCAGGCAAGGUCCCCCUGCUCAAGCCAGCGCAUGUCCAGGCCUGUCUGAAGUUUGCCAAUGACCAACAGGAUGAUCCAGAGGAGGAAUGGGAGAAGGUCAUGUGGUCUGAUGAGACAAAAAUAUAGUUUUUUGGUCUAAACUCCACUCGCCGUGUUUGGAGAAAGAAGGAUGAGUACAACCCCAAGAACACCAUACCAACCAUGAAGCAUGGAGGUGGAAACAUCAUUCUUUGGGGAUGCUUUUCUGCAAAGGGGACAGGACAACUGCACCGUAUUGAGGGGAGGAUGGAUGGGGCCAUGUAUCGCGAGAUCUUGGCCAACAACCUCCUUCGCUCAGUAAGAGCAUUGAAGAUGGGUCGUGGCUGGGUCUUCCAGCAUGACAACGACCCGAAACACACAGCCAGGGCAACUAAGGAGUGGCUCCGUAAGAAGCAUCUCAAGGUCCUGGAGUGGCCUAGCCAGUCUCCAGACCUGAACCCAAUAGAAAAUCUUUGGAGGGAGCUGAAAGUCCGUAUUGCCCAGCGACAGCCCCGAAACCUGAAGGAUCUGGAGAAGGUCUGUAUGGAGGAGUGGGCCAAAAUCCCUGCUGCAGUGUGUGCAAACCUGGUCAAGACCUACAGGAAACGUAUGAUCUCUGUAAUUGCAAACAAAGGUUUCUGUACCAAAUAUUACAUUCUGCUUUUCUGAUGUAUCAAAUACUUAAGUCAUGCAAUAAAAUGCAAAUUAAUUACUUAAAAAUCAUACAAUGUGAUCUUCUGGAUUUUUGUUUUAGAUUCCGUCUCUCACAGUUGAAGUGUACCUAUGAUAAAAAUUACAGACCUCUACAUGCUUUGUAAGUAGGAAAACCUGCAAAAUCGGCAGUGUAUCAAAUACUUGUUCUCCCCACUGUAGAUGGGCAUUCAUAAAAUAAAAUUUCAGGCAACACUGUAGGCAUCUCAGUAAGCACGGACAGACGCCAUAUGGACGUAUUUUUUGGGUGCAGUCCGGACCGGCCUUGAUUUCCACAGCCACUGACAUUAAUUUUUGGUCCUGUCUGGACCAAAUCUAAAACAAUCAUAGACAUCUAUGUUUGGUUCAGAUUUUGUCCAGUCUGGACCAGCCUUGAUUUGGCCCAAACAUAGAUGUCUAUAAAUUGCGUAUUUUCAACUUUAAUUCAGAACCGAAAAUGAACCUGAUUUCAAUGUCCGGAAAAUACAUAUUUUCAAUGUCUUGGAAAAUAUGUAUUUUAAACGUCCAGAAAGUACAUAUUUUCACCUUUCAUUCAGAACCUAAUUUAAACCUAACUUCAAUGUCUGGAAAAUACUUAUUUUAGACGUCUUCUCAACAUUAUUUAGCUUACUGGGACUAUUCUAGGCUUGUGAAGGCCAUGCCUGUAAUGUACUUUUCUGUCCAGCGAAUGAAGAAGAAAAUAACAUAUUUAAUUAAACACAACAUUUCAAUGCGCGGUAUGUCUGCUUGUGUGUGUGGUGGAGAAACGGGACCUUUGUCUUACCCCAGCUGCUCUCUGUCUUCUCCAGUAUUGUGUGUGAGAUCGGUCCGGCCCGGCAUCCUGCUCCAGUGGACCUCCCAGGUCCCAUCAACCAGGGGGAAGUGGAGGUAGAGGUGGAGGGGGGCAGGAGAGGACGUUCAGAGGUCCUCUUCACCUAUAGGGUAGGUUUCAUACAGUUACAGUGGCAUUCUUAACCCUAAACCUAACAUUAAUCCUAACUGUUGCAAGAGUAGGCCCCACACUGUGCAGGAGUGAUUUGACGUUUCAUAUUGUACAUUGCUCUUAGUUUGGUUAGAGCUCUGCUCAGUACUCAUUCGGCCACUAUGUUAGUCUUACUCUGCUGCUUUUACAUCUCCACAUUCAUGAAUGUACUUAGUUCUUAGAAGAUGCUCUUAGAAUUCAGAAUAGCAUCUGUUGAAAGGAUACAUAGAAUUUAAUGGGGGAAAAGAGUAUAUGGACUUAAUAAAAAAAUCUAUUCCGGGAGCCUAUUUUACUUUAGGGUAAAUAUUUGCACUCAUUUAUUUUGGGGUUCAUAUUUUCUUGUUUGUUUGUUUCUGCCAAAAUAACAAUGUCCCCAUGAGAAUGUACUAAGCUUGAAAAGCUAUUUUGAUUUAAUAUAGAUUUGAUCAAAGCUUCAGAUUUUCUAGGGUACAUAACAUUCUUUUGUCAAUAUUGUCCUUCGUGUCAGCCGGGACACCGCUGCCUCUCUCACGCUCUCUCUUUCUCUCGCUCUCACUCUCACUCGCUCUCGCACUCUCACUUGCUCUUUCUCGCUCUCUCUCUGGCUGGCUGUCUGCUCCCAGUAUUUUCUCAUCAAACAGUACUGUUGUUCAGUAGCUGUGUUGUGAUGAUAAAGUACUAAGUGGUGUUCAGUAGCUGUGUUGUGAUGAUAAAGUACUAAGUGUUCAGUAGCUGUGUUGUGGUGAUAAAGUACUAAGUGUUCAGUAGCGGUGUUGUGGUGAUAAAGUACUAAGUGGUGUUCAGUAGCUGUGUUGUGGUGAUAAAGUACUAAGUGUUCAGUAGCUGUGUUGGAAUGAUAAAGUACUAAGUGUUCAGUAGCUGUGUUGGGAUGAUAAAGUACUAAGUGUUCAGUAGCUGUGUUGUGGUGAUAAAGUACUAAGUGGUGUUCAGUAGCAGUGUUGUGGUGAUAAAGUACUAAGUGUUUAUUAGCUGUGUUGUGAUGAUCAAGUACUAAGUGUUCAGUCGCUGUGUUUUGAUGAUAAAGUACUAAGUGUUCAGUAGCUGUGUUGUGGUGAUACAGUACUAAGUGUUCAGUAUCAGUGUUGUGGUGAUACAGUACUAAGUGUUCAGUAGCAGUGUUGUGGUGAUACAGUACUAAGUGUUCAGUAGCAGUGUUGUGGUGAUACAGUACUAAGUGUUCAGUAGCAGUGUUGUGGUGAUACAGUACUAAGUGUUCAGUAGCAGUGUUGUGGUGAUACAGUACUAAGUGUUCAGUAGCGGUGUUGUGGUGAUAAAGUACUAAGUGUUCAGUAGCAGUGUUGUGGUGAUACAGUACUAAGUGUUCAGUAGCUGUGUUGUGAUGAUAAAGUACUAAGUGGUGUUCAGUAGCUGUGUUGUGAUGAUAAAGUACUAAGUGGUGUUCAGUAGCUGUGUUGGGAUGAUAAAGUACUAAGAGUUCAGUAGCUGUGUUGUGAUGAUAAAGUACUAAGUGGUGUUCAGUAGCUGUGUUGGGAUGAUAAAGUACUAAGUGUUCAGUAGCUGUGUUGUGGUGAUAAAGUACUAAGUGUUCAGUAGCAGUGUUGUGAUGAUAAAGUACUAAGUGUUCAGUAGCAGGGUUGUGAUGAUAAAGUACUAAGUGUUCAGUAGCAGUAUUGUGGUGAUAAAGUACUAAGUGUUCAGUAGCGGUGUUGUGGUGAUAAAGUACUAAGUGUUCAGUAGCGGUGUUGUGGUGAUAAAGUACUAACUGUUCAGUAGCGGUGUUGUGGUGAUAAAGUACUAAGUGUUCAGUAGUGGUGUUGUGGUGAUAAAGUACUAAGUGUUCAGUAGCUGUGUUGUGGUGAUAAAGUACUAAGUGGUGUUCAGUAGCGGUGUUGUGAUGAUUUUGUACUAACUGUUCAGUAGCAGUGUUGUGGUGAUAAAGUACUAAGUGUUCAGUAGCAGUGUUGUGGUGAUAAAGUAAUAAGUGUUCAGUAGCAGUGUUGUGGUGAUAAAGUACUAAGUGUUCAGUAGCAGUGUUGUGGUGAUAAAGUACUAAGUGUUCAGUAGCAGUGUUGUGGUGAUAAAGUAAUAAGUGUUCAGUAGUGGUGUUGUGGUGAUAAAGUACUAAGUGUUCAGUAGCAGUGUUGUGAUUAUAAAGUACUAAGUGUUCAGUAGCUGUGUUGUGAUUAUAAAGUACUAAGUGUUCAGUAUCUGGGCUGCUGCUGUUGUGAUGAUAAAGCAGUGAAGGGUAAUGGGGCGUGACAUGAGGUGUAACUGGUGGUCCCAAUGGGCUCAGUGGGUUGUUAGAGCAUGGUGUUUGUGACACCAGAGUUUGUCAAGGGACACAUUCAGUAUAUUGUACAGUAUAUGUACAGUGGGGGAAAAAAAGUAUUUAGUCAGCCACCAAUUGUGCAUGUUCUCCCACUUAAAAAGAUGAGAGAGGCCUGUAAUUUUCAUCAUAGGUACACAUCAACUAUGACAGACAAAUUUAGAAAAAAAAAUCCAGAAAAUCACAUUGUAUGAUUUUUUAUGAAUUUAGUUGCAAAUUAUGGUGGAAAAUAAGUAUUUGGUCACCUACAAACAAGCAAGAUUUCUGGCUCUCACAGACCUGUAACUUCUUCUUUAAGAGGCUCCUCUGUCCUCCACUCGUUACCUGUAUUAAUGGCACCUGUUUGAACUUGUUAUCAGUAUAAAAGACACCUGUCCACAACCUCAAACAGUCACACUCCAAACUCCACUAUGGCCAAGACCAAAGAGCUGUCAAAGGACACCAGAAACAAAAUUGUAGACCUGCACCAGGCUGGGAAGACUGAAUCUGCAAUAGGUAAGCAGCUUGGUUUGAAGAAAUCAACUGUGGGAGCAAUUAUUAGGAAAUGGAAGACAUACAAGACCACUGAUAAUCUCCCUCGAUCUGGGGCUCCAUGCAAGAUCUCACCCCGUGGGGUCAAAAUGAUCACAAGAACGGUGAGCAAAAAUCCCAGAACCACACGGGGGGACCUAGUGAAUGACCUGCAGAGAGCUGGGACCAAAGUAACAAAGCCUACCAUCAGUAACACACUACGCCGCCAGGGACUCAAAUCCUGCAGUGCCAGAUGAGUCCCCCUGCUUAAGCCAGUACAUGUCCAGGCCCGUCUGAAGUUUGCUAGAGUGCAUUUGGAUGAUCCAGAAGAGGAUUGGGAGAAUGUCAUAUGGUCAGAUGAAACCAAAAUAGAACUUUUUGGUAAAAACUCAACUCGUCGUGUUUGGAGGACAAAGAAUGCUGAGUUGCAUCCAAAGAACACCAUACCUACUGUGAAUCAUGGGGGUGGAAACAUCAUGCUUUGGGGCUGUUUUUCUGCAAAGGGACCAGGACGACUGAUCCGUGUAAAGGAAAGAAUGAAUGGGGCCAUGUAUCGUGAGAUUUUGAGUGAAAACCUCCUUCCAUCAGCAAGGGCAUUGAAGAUGAAACGUGGCUGGGUCUUUCAGCAUGACAAUGAUCCCAAACACACCGCCCGGGCAACGAAGGAGUGGCUUCGUAAGAAGCAUUUCAAGGUCCUGGAGUGGCCUAGCCAGUCUCCAGAUCUCAACCCCAUAGAAAAUCUUUGGAGGGAGUUGAAAGUCCGUGUUGCCCAGCGACAGCCCCAAAACAUCACUGCUCUAGAGGAGAUCUGCAUGGAGGAAUGGGCCAAAAUACCAGCAACAGUGUGUGAAAACCUUGUGAAGACUUACAGAAAACGUUUGACCUGUGUCAUUGCCAACAAAGGGUAUAUAACAAAGUAUUGAGAAACUUUUGUUAUUGACCAAAUACUUAUUUUCCACCAUAAUUUGCAAAUAAAUUCAUUAAAAAUCUUACAAUGUGAUUUUCUGGAGAAAAAAAUCUCAUUUUGUCUGUCAUAGUUGACGUGUACCUAUGAUGAAAAUUACAGGCCUCUCUCAUCUUUUUAAGUGGGAGAACUUGCACAAUUGGUGGCUGACUAAAUACUUUUUUCCCCCACUGUAUACAUACAAUGUGUUAACUGUAAAACACUUUGGAUGAAAGCAUCUGCUAAAUAACCAUACAGUAUGUUAUAAGGUCAGGACAGGAGUUUUUCCUUGUCAGGUCAUGCAGUCAGGAAAAACCCCAGGACCUAAGUAUGUUACCUUAUCACUGAUGUCCCAUCUCUUACCCUCUCCAGGACCCCAUCCCUGAGACCGUUUCCCCCCUGAAGGGCCCUAAGGCUGGGGGAACAGUCAUCACUAUCUCUGGGAAACACCUGAAUACGGCAAACAAGGAUGAUGUUAUUGUCACCGUGGGGGGAACGCCCUGUAAAGUGUAAGGAUGCUUACACUUCAGUCUUCCAACCCCUACAGUUUGCUGUCUGUACAGGUUGCCUAAGUCAUGUCGUAUUCAGUUGUUCUCUCAAGGCCAACCUCUGAAAUAUAUUAGCCAUACGGUAUAUUGAGUUUGACUUGUUGUUCCUUUGGAACGACCUUCUCUCCCCUCAACACUACGACCCCUGUUUGACCUUUCCCAUAAUGCUCUCUGUCCCUGUUUCUCCCUUAGGUUGUCGUUUGGCAGUGAGAUCACCUGUGAGACAGGUGUAUACAAGGGCCAGAAGGUUCCAUCGGAGCCCCUGAUAGUCUCAGUGAGGUAUGGGAAGACCACCUCCAAGGACGUCCCUGUCCCAUUCCAGUACUCUGAGAACGCCAAACUCACUGACUACAACCCCAAGACCAGCUUCGUAUGGUGAGGAAAGUCCAGCCACAAUGUUCCAGAGAGGGUUGAAAUCAAAGCACCUCUUUUUCUUUAAACGAAGCUUGGGUUGAAUGCAAAACAGUUUGAAGCGCAUAAUGAAAUUACUGUUUCUUAUUGGACAAAUUCAGGUAGUGUCUCCCUCUUUCAAAACAUUUCAAAAGUUUUCUCCUGUUUUGUGCUUACUAACAUGACCCUGAUAUAUGGUGUCGUCUGGUGUUUCAGUGGAGGCAGGAGGAUUACAUUUUAGUCAUUUAGCAGAUGCUCUUAUCCAGAGCCACAUAGUUAGUGCAGCCAUCUUAAGAUAGCUAGGUGGGACAACCACAUAUCACAGUCAUAGUAAGUACAUUUUUCCUCAGUCUCUAUCUGCAAAGUCAGCGCUAGUAAUAGAGGAAAGAGUCAAGUGCGAGUGUUAGUUCACAAAAUAUGUUUUCAGAAGAUUGGUAGGGAUUCUGCUGUCUUAGCUUCAGGGGGAAGCUGGUUCCACCAUUGGGGUGCCAGGACAGAAGAGCUUGGACUGGGCAGGAGCUGCCCUCCCGUUGGGGUGGGAGGGCCAUGAGACCAGAGGUGGCAGAAUGGAGUACUCUGGUUAGGGUGUAGGGUUUGAGCAUAGCCUGAAGGUAGGGAGGGGCAGUUCCUCUUGCUGUUCCAUAGGUAAGCGCCGUGGUCUUGUAGUGGAUGUGAGCUUUGACUGGAAGUCAGUGGAGUGUACGGAGGAGCGGGGUGAAAUGGGAAAAGUUAGGAAGUUUGAACAUCAGGCGGGCUGCUGCGUUCUGCUAAGUUGCAGAGGGUUUGAUGGCACAAGUGGGGAGCCCAGCCAACAGCGAGUUGCAGUAGGAUUGUGUGUGUUGUGUUGUAUUGAGAGUUGUCUGGUGUUUCAGUGGAGGCAGGAGGAUCGUGUGUGUGGGCAGUGGUUUUGACCUCAUCCAGAGAGCCACCAUGAAGGUGCUGCCCUCUACUGACGACUUCUCUCAGGAGGCCCCUCCCAUUGAGGUUAGUACACACUACUUCUAUUAUACAGUACACUACGUGUUAUCCAUUCUAUAGUCCACUCCUAUUAUACAGUACACUACGUGUUAUCCAUUCUAUAGUCCACUCCUAUUAUACAAUACACUACAUGGUAUCCAUUCUAGAGUCCACUCCUAUUAUACAAUACACUACAUGGUAUCCAUUCUAUAGUCCACUCCUAUUAUACAAUACACUACAUGGUAUCCAUUCUAGAGUCCACUCCUAUUAUACAAUACACUACAUGGUAUCCAUUCUAUAGUCCACUCCUAUUAUACAAUACACUACAUGGUAUCCAUUCUAUAGUCCACUCCUAUUAUACAAUACACUACAUGGUAUCCAUUCUAUAGUCCACUCCUAUUAUACAAUACACUACAUGGUAUCCAUUCUAUAGUCCACUCCUAUUAUACAAUACACUACAUGGUAACCAUUCUAUAGUCCACUCCUAUUAUACAAUACACUACAUGGUAUCCAUUCUAUAGUCCACUCCUAUUAUACAAUACACUACAUGGUAUCCAUUCUAUAGUCCACUCCUAUUAUACAAUACACUACAUGGUAUCCAUUCUAUAGUCCACUCCUAUUAUACAAUACACUACAUGGUAUCCAUUCUAUAGUCCACUCCUAUUAUACAAUACACUACAUGGUAUCCAUUCUAGAGUCCACUCCUAUUAUACAAUACACUACAUGGUAUCCAUUCUAGAGUCCACUCCUAUUAUACAAUACACUACAUGGUAUCCAUUCUAUAGUCCACUCCCAUUAUACAAUACACUACAUGGUAUCCAUUCUAGAGUCCACUCCUAUUAUACAAUAAACUACAUGGUAUCCAUUCUAGAGUCCACUCCUAUUAUACAAUACACUACAUGGUAUCCAUUCUAUAGUCCACUCCUAUUAUACAAUACACUACAUGGUAUCCAUUCUAGAGUCCACUCUUAUUAUACAGUACACUAUAUGGUAUCCAUUUUAUAGUCCACUCCUAUUAUACAAUACACUACAUGGUAUCCAUUCUAGAGUCCACUCUUAUUAUACAGUACACUAUAUGGUAUCCAUUUUAUAGUCCACUCCUAUUAUACAAUACACUACAUGGUAUCCAUUCUAGAGUCCAUUCCCAUUGAGGUUAGUAUACCAUUCAACAAGUUCUCUGUUUCCUGCCAGUAGUGUAUUCUAAUCCCUCUAGUGUACAGUACUCUUGCUGUGGUAAUAUCCAUGGCAGGUAGCUAGCAUGUCAACAGUGACUCAGUGACCUUAAUGUUCUUUGUCUGUGACUACAGACUUCUCUGUGAGACUAAACACAAACAGUGUCCUGCCAGGAAUGAAAUUGACUUGGAUUUCAAACUAUCUUUGAAUCUCUCUCUUUCUGUGUCUCUCUGUCUUUUCUCUCUCUCUCUUUUCUCUCUCUCUUUUCCACUCCCUCUACCCCUCCCUCCUCUCUCUAUGCCCCCCUCUCCAUCCCACUCUCCCCCUCUCCAGUUCAUCCAGUAUGCCCUACAUAAGAACGACACAGUGUUGCUGUUUGACAGUCCAGCGGUGAACAGGUCCUAUGAGACCCAGUCCUUUAAGACCUUGCUCCAGCUAGACAACGAAGUAGAGGAACUGAAGACCUUUGACUACCACCCCGACCCGUUGUUCAAUGAACUGACCAAGAACAUCAUCACUGAAACCUCCAUCAUCAUCGUCACGGUAAAUAACAGUAACACUACUCUUAUGGGAUUGUGUUGUCAUGGUGACUGUUUAGUUGUUAUUUGGUUAUUUCUGGUAAUACUCGCUUAUCGUUUUCUGUGGACCAUUGUGGCUUAAAUGUUAUUCUGCUUUGUGACGAUGUCCCUCCGCAGAGAAAAGACAAUUAUAGUGCAUUGAUAUUGAUAUAAUUCAUAUCAAUAUUGAUGUAAUCAUAUCUGGUAUUACAAAUGAUUGCAUGUCCCUCCCUGCAGUCCAGAGGUUAACAGCCAGCCACCUCUCUCUCCCUCCCCAGGGUCGUGGUUUCAGCAAGGGCAUGACAGCUGAAGAAGCCCAGGCGUUCGUAGGAGAUGCCUCCUGCAAGGUGACCAUCCUGCAGGAUGACAAGCUGUUCCUGGAAGCUCCGUCCACCCAGCCCAGAGCCCGCUCCAAACGCCAGCGCAGAGACACCAGCUCCGACCCUUUGGACCUAACGGUGACAACACUGGCCUUCUGUCUAAAACCAAGGCAUAAAGAGAUAUGCUUCAGGCAUUCGCACUGGACAAUCUGAUGUCUCUCUGGCUCUCAUGUAUUUCAGAUAUAAAUGUACUGAGACACUGGAAUCCUGGAACCUAUCUAAAUCAGGGGUGUCCAAUCUUAAUGGAAUGUCCUGUGUUGUAGUCAUUCACUUCAGUCAAAGCACACCUGAUUCAACCAUACAAUAAUCAUAGUCUUCUGACUGGGACCACUCAGUUCUGACAGAGAAAUAUCAGCAUCAACACCUUGAUGUAUAUCUGGCUCUCCACAAUUAUACACGUCUUGUAGUUUAUUCACUUUAUUCUGUUUGGCUUAACUGACUCUCUCUCUCUCUCUCUCUCUCUCUCUCUCUCUCUCUCUCUCUCUCUCUCUCUCUCUCUCUCUCUCUCUCUCUCUCUCUCUCUCUCUCUCUCUCUCUCUCUCUCUCUCUCUCCCCUCAUCUCUCUCUCUCUCCCCUCAUCUCUCUCUCUCUCCCCUCAUCUCUCUCUCUCUCAGAUAAAGUUUGGUAAUGGUGAGUGGGUGGUGGGCUCAGUGAACUAUGAGAGGAAGUAUGAGAUUCCUUUGGCUAUCAUCAUCCCAGCUGUCAUCGUCCCUAUGCUACUGUUCAUAGCUGUGUCCGUCUACUGCUACAGGUACACAACUACACUUCCCAUCAAGCACCACUCAUGUAGUUCUGAUGGGUGAAUUGUUUUUACUUAACCCAGUGAAAUGGGUGUCUGGAGUUUACACUUUAGGACCAAUGGAAUAAUCUCAAAUGUGCAAACUACAGAUUCACAUAGUGGAACAGUUCUGUAAUUUAAUGGACUGUUCCUAUGUGUUAAUGUCUGUAAUCUAAUGGGUGGUUCCUAUAUGUUAAUGUCUGUAAUCUAAUGGACUGUUCCUAUGUGUUAAUGUCUAUAAUCUAAUGGAUGGUUCCUAUGUGUUAAUGUCUGUAAUCUAAUGGACUGUUCCUAUGUGUUAAUGUCUAUAAUCUAAUGGAUGGUUCCUAUGUGUUAAUGUCUGUAAUCUAAUGGAUGGUUCCUAUGUGUUAAUGUCUGUAGUGUAAUGGACUGUUCCUAUGUGUUAAUGUCUGUAAUCUAAUGGACUGUUCCUAUGUGUUAAUGUCUGUAAUCUAAUGGACUGUUCCUAUGUGUUAAUGUCUGUAAUCUAAUGGACUGUUCCUAUGUGUUAAUGUCUGUAAUCUAAUGGACUGUUCCUAUGUGUUAAUGUCUGUAAUCUAAUGGACUUCCUAUGUGUUAAUGUCUAUAAUCUCAUGGAUGGUUCCUAUAUGUUUAGCGUCUGCUAAAUGACUAAAAUGUAAAUGUAAAUGUAAUGCCUGUAAUCUAAUGGACUGUUCCUGUGUUAAUAGUCUAAUGGACUGUUCAUAUGUGUUAAUAGUCUAAUGGGCUGUUCCUGUGUGUUAAUAGUCUAAUGGGCUGUUCCUGUGUGUUAAUAGUCUAAUGGCCUGUUCCUAUGUGUUAAUAGUCUAAUGGACUGUUCCUAUGUGUUAAUAGUCUAAUGGACUGUUCCUAUGUGUUAAUAGUUGAAUGGAGUUGUUCCUAUGUGUUGUCUGUAGUCUAAUGGGCUGUUCCUAUGUGUUGAUGUCUAAUGGACUGUUCCUAUGUGUUAAUAGUCUAAUGGACUGUUCCUAUGUGUUAAUAGUCUAAUGGACUGUUCCUAUGUGUUAAUAGUCUAAUGGACUGUUCCUAUGUGUUAAUAGUUGAAUGGAGUUGUUCCUAUGUGUUGUCUGUAGUCUAAUGGGCUGUUCCUAUGUGUUGAUGUCUAAUGGACUGUUCCUAUGUGUUAAUAGUCUAAUGGGCUGUUCCUAUGUGUUAAUAGUCUAAUGGACUGUUCCUAUGUGUUAAUAGUCUAAUGGACUGUUCCUAUGUGUUAAUAGUUGAAUGGAGUUGUUCCUAUGUGUUGUCUGUAGUCUAAUGGGCUGUUCCUAUGUGUUGAUGUCUAAUGGACUGUUCCUAUGUGUUAAUAGUCUAAUGGACUGUUCCUAUGUGUUAAUAGUCUAAUGGACUGUUCCUAUGUGUUAAUAGUUGAAUGGAGUUGUUCCUAUGUGUUGUCUGUAGUCUAAUGGGCUGUUCCUAUGUGUUGAUGUCUAAUGGACUGUUCCUAUGUGUUAAUAGUCUAAUGGGCUGUUCCUAUGUGUUAAUAGUCUAAUGGACUGUUCCUAUGUGUUAAUAGUCUAAUGGACUGUUCCUAUGUGUUAAUAGUUGAAUGGAGUUGUUCCUAUGUGUUGUCUGUAGUCUAAUGGGCUGUUCCUAUGUGUUGAUGUCUAAUGGACUGUUCCUAUGUGUUAAUAGUCUAAUGGACUGUUCCUAUGUGUUAAUAGUCUAAUGGACUGUUCCUAUGUGUUAAUAGUUGAAUGGAGUUGUUCCUAUGUGUUGUCUGUAGUCUAAUGGGCUGUUCCUAUGUGUUGAUGUCUAAUGGACUGUUCCUAUGUGUUAAUAGUCUAAUGGGCUGUUCCUGUGUGUUGAUGUAUAAUGGACUGUUCCUAUGUGUUAAUAGUCUAAUGGGCUGUUCCUGUGUGUUGAUGUCUAAUGGACUGUUCCUAUGUGUGUAUGACAGGAGGAAGAGCCAGCAGGCAGAGAGAGAGUAUGAGAAAGUAAAACACCAGUUGGAGAAUCUGGAGGAGAGCGUGAGAGACCGCUGCAAGAAGGAAUUCACAGGUAUGUGCACACUAUCACACACACUAUCACACACCACAUACACUGCUAUAACAUCACACACUAUCACACACCACAUACACUGCUAUAACAUCACACACUAUCACACACCACAUACACUGCUAUAACAUCACACACUAUCACACACCACAUACACUGCUAUAACAUCACACACACUAUCACACACCACAUACACUGCUAUAACAUCACACACUAUCACACACCACAUACACUGCUAAAACAUGACACACUAUCACACACCACAUACACUGCUAAAACAUGACACACUAUCACACACCACAUACACUGCUAAAACAUGACACACUAUCACACACCACAUACACUGCUAAAACAUGACACACUAUCACACACCACAUACACUGCUAAAACAUGACACACACACACUAUCUUGUUGUGUUCUGGUUCUCCUAGGAGCUAGUCUUGUUGUGUUCUGGUUCACCUAGGAGCUAGUCUUUUUGUGUUCUGGUUCUCCUAGGAGCUAGUCUUGUUAUGUUCUGUAUCUUCCUCCAGACCUGAUGAUCGAGAUGGAGGACCAGACCAAUGACCUGAGUGAGGCCAGGAUCCCCUUCCUGGACUAUAAGACCUACACAGACCGGGUCUUCUUCCUACCCUCUAAAGACGGGGACAAUGAUGUCAUGAUCACUGGCAAGCUGGACAUCCCCGAGGGACGGAAGGUCAUCGUAGCUCAGGCCCUCAACCAGUUCUCUAACCUCCUCAACUCCAAGACCUUCCUCAUCAAUGUAGGUUUUACUCAGCUUGCUGAGAUGGCUGGAUGGCUGACUGUUUCUCUCCCUGUCGGUCUGUCUGUCUGUAUGUCUGUCUAUUAGGUUGACUGCCUGGCUGCCUGUCUACAGUACUUGUGCCAGAUACAGUUUCAGAGUAUUGACAUAGAGUCGAUACUCGUUCUAUACCUACAGAUGUUCUAUUGAUUUAAACAGGAGUUGCUAACCCCAUCUCUCUGUUGGGUCUCUGUGUGUUCUUAGUUCAUCAAGACCUUGGAGGGCCGUCCAGACUUUAACGCCAGGUCCAGGGUCUACUUUGCGUCGUUACUAACUGUGGCUCUGCACGGGAAACUAGAGUACUACACAGACAUCAUGAGAAGCCUACUGCUGGAACUGAUGGAGGAAUAUGUGCACAGCAAGAACCCCAAACUCAUGCUGCGCAGGUGAGACACACACAGCCUUCCAAUCAGGCCUGUCUUAAUGAAAACCAGCAUUUCUUAUUGGGCAAGUUUAGAUGGUACCCCUCUGUGUUUUCUUAUGUUUCGUGCCUAGUAAACACAACACAGGUGGAUCACAAGAUAACAGUAGAUCACAAGAAAGCAGUUAAUUAAUUGAAUUGUUUAAUUUAUGAAUUUGUGUGUGCAGGUCAGAGACUGUGGUGGAGAGGAUGCUGUGUAACUGGAUGUCCAUCUGUCUCUAUCAGUUCCUCAGGGUAAGACUCACACGUUGUUUAUUCAAACCUGCUCUUUCUUUUAAACCCUCUUUUUCUCUCCAUCAAUCUCUCACAAUCUCUCUCUCUCCUUCUCUCACUGUCUGUCUUUCUCUUUCAUUCUCUCUCUCUGUCUCUUUCUGUCUGUCUCUUUCUGUCUCUGUCUGUCUCUGUCUCUCUCUGUCUCUGUCUGUCUCUUUCUGUCUCUGUCUUUCUGUCUCUGUCUCUCUGUCUCUCUCUGUCUCUUUCUGUCUGUCUCUUUCUGUCUCUGUCUUUCUGUCUCUCUGUCUCUCUCUGUCUCUCUGUCUCUCUCUGUCUGUCUCUUUCUGUCUCUCUCUCUGUCUCUCAUUCUGUCUCUCUCUGUCUCUUUCUGUCGCUCUCUGUCUCUCUCUCUCUUUCAUUCUGUCUCUCUCUCUCUUUCUGUCUCUCUUUUUCAGUCUCUCUCUUUUUCAGUCUCUCUCUCUUAUUUUAUGUAUUGAUUCUGAAGUCUUCACAUUCUGAUUCACAUUCUUUCCAUCUCUCCACCACUCUUUCUGUCUCUCCAGUUUCCCUCUCCUUUGCUCCCCAAUGUCUCACUUUUGUCUUCUAAUGUUUCAGAUGAAGUGUUUGGUUUGAGACGUUCCAAUGAGACCACCCUGGGGAAAACUUAUUUAUUUGGUCUUAUAGAUUUGUGGAUUAAAGCACUCUUUAAAUAAUCAAUUGUGUGACAGUGAACAUGUGGCUGUGUCUUCAGUAAUUACACUGAAAGAGAAGAGAGAAUGGUCUCAUUAGUACUGAUGAGCUCACUCCCCUCUGUGUGUGUGUGUGUAGGACUCUGCGGGCGAGCCCCUAUACAAACUGUUCAAGGCCAUCAAGCACCAGGUAGAGAAGGGUCCAGUGGACGCUAAGAUGAAGAAGGCCAAGUACACUCUGAACGACACGGGGCUCCUAGGGGACGAUGUGGAGUACUGCGUCCUGGUGAGUACACUCUAUACUGCACCGCUCAAAGAAUUACAAUUAAUAGAAGAGAUAUUCCUAUUCAAAGCAGCACUCUAUGGUGGGUGAACCAGCAGCCAUUUUGAGUGAACUGGAUUUUCCAGCUAUAUCCACUCUACUACCGAUUUUGUAAUUCUACGACACAAGCCCUCAAUACAAGAACACUAGCUGUCUUAUCAAGUCUAACCAUCUCCUCUGGCUCCUGUGAUCUAGUCCUAAUGCACUCUACUCACACUGGUACCUGCUUCUCUAUGGACUAUCUCACUCUCUCAGUGUAUUAUUGUGAUGCGUACGUGACCCAGGACACAGGGGGUGGUAGCGAAUGGGCCCCUAGUCACUGUAGAUGUCCAAUAACAUCACAUGUAAUGGAAUAACGACUUUGAGCAGAGGGUCUCAGAUCUCAGUGAGGAGAGAGAGAGAGCAUUGAGAGAGAGAGAGCAUAGAGAGAUAAUUGAGAGAGAGGGAGUGGUGAGAGCGAGGGAGUGGUGAGAGAGAGAGGGAAAGCUCAAUAAGGGCAGAGAGACGGGCUAGAGGUUAAUGUUUCCAUCAGACUCAAUCACUGAUAAGGUUGGUUUAACGGACCCUGUAAUACGAUUGGCUCUCGUAAUGGACCUUCUAAUACGAUUGGCUUUCGUAACGGACCCUGUAAUAUGAUUGGCUCUUGUAACUGACUUUUGUGAAAACAGCGUGUUAUCAUCUGGAAGAGAAAUCAGCUCAGUGAUUUAUGGGAAAACUGAUAGAGAGAGACAUCAUGUUUCAAGUCUUCUCUCCCCAUGCUGUUUUUCAUUCAUUUAGGCAAUAAAUUGUAUUUUUGGUCAAAUAAUCAAUACACACAAGGCAAAUUAAUCUACAGAAUGCUGUUUUAGACAGCUGUACCCAGCAUGUUGCUAUCAUUUACCAAAACAAAUAGGUGUGGCCUAAUCAUGAGGUCAGAGAUCAGUGUGACUCUGGACGAUUGACAUCUGUGUGUGUCCAAUCAGACCCUGCAGGUGCUGGUGCACGGGGAGGGGCCAGACGUGACGCCGGUGAAGGUGCUGAACUGUGACACCAUCUCUCAGGUGAAGGAGAAGAUCAUUGAACAGGUGUACCGCAACCUGCCCUACACACAGAGACCGAAGGUGGACAGUGUUGCUCUGGGUGAGAAUGCACACAUGCGCACACACACGGUUCUACCAUUGUUAUCCAAUGCUAAGAGUUGGGGAACAACCGGAAGUUUCAUGUUUUUGCAUGUACGUUAGUCUACAUACCUUUAAGUAAUAUUAGAAUGCUAAGGUGCACUUCCCCCCCCGUCCACAGAGUGGCGCCCCGGCUCUACAGGGCAGAUCCUGUCAGACAUGGACUUGACGUCACAGAAGGAGGGCAGGUGGAAGAGACUCAACACACUGGCACAUUACAACGUGAGUGGCUGUCCGAGGACUUCAGCCUUAUAGUAGUGAUCUCUCUGAAUAGCUUCUCAACAUAUGUAUAGUUCAUGUGAAUAUCUAUCAGGGCUGGCUGUCUUUAUUCAUUAAUGUUGAAUUGUUCUUGGACUUCAGAUGUUCCAUUGAAAUGUUGGGUUUUGCAAUCCACAGUUUAGUGAAACUCCAACUAUAUAUGGUUAUUUUGUUCUUUUGGUACGUUUGCCCACUGACAAAGACAUGAUCAGUCUAUAAUUUUAAUUGUAGGUUUAUUUGAACAGUGAGAGACAGAAUAACAACAAAAAAAUCCAGAAAAACGCAUGUCAAAAAUGUUAUAAAUUGAUUUGCAUUUUAAUGAGGGAAAUAAGUAUUUGACCCCUCUGCAAAACAUUACAUUUACAUUUAAGUCAUUUAGCAGACGCUCUUAUCCAGAGCGACUUACAAAUUGGUGCAUACACCCUAUAGCCAGUGGGUUAACCACUUUACAACAAUUUUUUUUUUUUUUUUGGGGGGGGGGGGGGGGGGGGGCUAGAAGGAUUACUUCAUCCUAUCCCAGGUAUUCCUUAAAGAGGUGGGGUUUCAAAUGUCUCCGGAAGGUGGUGAGUGACUCCGCUGUCCUGGCGUCGUGAGGGAGCUUGUUCCACCAUUGGGGUGCCAGAGCAGCGAACAGUUUUGACUGGGCUGAGCGGGAACUAUGCUUCCGCAGAGGAAGGGGAGCCAGCAGGCCAGAGGUGGAUGAACGCAAUGCCCUCGUUUGGGUGUAGGGACUGAUCAGAGCCUGAAGGUACGGAGGUGCCAUUCCCCUCACUGCUCCAUAGGCAAGCACCAUGGUCUUGUAACGGAUGCGAGCUUCAACUGGAAGCCAGUGGAGUGUGCGGAGGAGGGGGGUGACGUGAGAGAACUUGGGAAGGUUGAACACCAGACGGGCUGCGGCAUUCUGGAUGAGUUGUAGGGGUUUAAUGGCACAGGCAGGGAGCCCAGCCAACAGCGAGUUGCAGUAAUCCAGACGGGAGAUGACAAGUGCCUGGAUUAGGACCUGUGCCGCUUCCUGUGUAAGGCAGGGUCGUACUCUCCGAAUGUUGUAGAGCAUGAACCUGCAGGAUCGGGUCACCGCCUUGAUGUUAGCGGAGAACGACAGGGUGUUGUCCAGGGUCACGCCAAGGCUCUUCGCACUCUGGGAGGAGGACACAACGGAGUUGUCAACCGUGAUGGCGAGAUCAUGGAACGGGCAGUCAUUCCCCGGGAGGAAGAGCAGCUCCGUCUUGCCAGGGUUCAGCUUGAGGUGGUGAUCCGUCAUCCAUACUGAUAUGUCGGCCAGACAUGCAGAGAUGCGAUUCGCCACCUGGUUAUCAGAAGGGGGAAAGGAGAAGAUUAGUUGUGUAUCGUCAGCGUAGCAAUGAUAGGAGAGGCCAUGUGAGGAUAUGACAGAGCCAAGUGACUUGGUGUAUAGGGAGAAAAGGAGAGGGCCUAGAACUGAGCCCUGGGGGACACCAGUGGUGAGAGCACGUGGUGCGGAGACAGCUUCUCGCCACGCCACUUGGUAGGAGCGACCGGUCAGGUAGGACGCAAUCCAGGAGUGAGCCGCGCCGGAGAUGCCCAGCUCGGAGAGGGUGGAGAGGAGGAUCUGAUGGUUCACAGUAUCAAAGGCAGCAGACAGGUCUAGAAGGACAAGAGCAGAGGAGAGAGAGUUAGCUUUAGCAGUGCGGAGAGCCUCCGUGACACAGAGAAGAGCAGUCUCAGUUGAAUGACCAGUCCUGAAACCUGACUGGUUUGGAUCAAGAAGGUCAUUCUGAGAGAGAUAGCAAGAGAGUUGGCUAAAGACGGCACGCUCAAUAGUUUUGGAAAGAAAAGAAAGAAGGGAUACUGGUCUGUAGUUGUUGACAUCAGUGGGAUCGAGUGUUGGUUUUUUGAGAAGGGGUGCAACUCUCGCUCUCUUGAAGACGGAAGGGACAAGGCCAGCGGUCAAGGAUGAGUUGAUCAGCGAGGUGAGGUAGGGGAGAAGGUCACCGGAGAUGGUCUGGAGAAGAGAGGAGGGGAUGGGGUCAAGCGGGCAGGUUGUUGGGCGGCCUGCAGUCACUAGUCGCAAGAUUUUAUCUGGAGAGAGAGGGGAGAAAGAAGUCAAAGCAUAGGGUAGGGCAGUGUGAGCAGGACCAGCAGUGUCAUUAGACUUAACAAACGAGGAUCGGAUGUCGUCAACCUUCUUUUCAAAGUGGUUGACGAAGUCAUCCAGAGAGAGGGAGGAGGAGGAGGGAGGGGGGGGGGGGGGGGGAGGAUUCAGCAGUGAGGAGAAUGUGGCAAAGAGCUUCCUAGGGUUAGAGGCAGAUGCUUGGAAUUUAGAGUGGUAGAAAGUGGCCUUAGCAGCAGAAACAGAUGAAGAAAAUGUAGAGAGGAGGGAGUGAAAAGAUGCCAGGUCGGCAGGGAGUUUAGUUUUCUUCCAUUUCCGCUCCGCUGCCCGGAGCUCUGUUCUGUGAGCUCGCAAUGAGUCAUCAAGCCACGGAGCUGGAGGGGAGGACCGAGCCGGCCGGGAGGAUAGGGGACACAGGGAGUCAAAGGAUGCAGAAAGGGAGGAGAGGACGGUUGAGGAGGCAGAAUCAGGAGAUUGGAGGGAGAAGGAUUGAGCAGAGGGAAGAGAUGAUAGGAUGGAAGAGGAGAGAGUAGUGGGAGAGAGAGAGCGAAGGUUGCGGCGGCGCGUUACCAUCUAUGUAGGGGCAGAGUGAGUAGUGUUGGAGGAGAGCGAGAGAGAAAAGGAUACAAAGUAGUGGUCGGAGACAUGGAGGGGAGUUGCAGUGAGAUUAGUAGAAGAGCAACAUCUAGUAAAGAUGAAGUCAAGCGUAUUGCCUGCCUUGUGAGUAGGGGGGGACGGUGAGAGGGUGAGGUCAAAAGAGGAGAGGAGUGGAAAGAAGGAGGCAGAGAGAAAUGAGUCAAAUGUAGACGUAGGGAGGUUGAAAUCCCCCAAAACUGUGAGGGGUGAGCCAUCCUCAGGGAAGGAACUUAUCAAGGCGUCAAGCUCAUUGAUGAACUCUCCAAGGGAACCUGGAGGGUGAUAGAUGACAAGGAUAUUAAGCUUAAAUGGGCUAGUGACUGUGACAGCGUGGAAUUCAAAUGAGGAGAUAGACAGAUGGGUUAGGGGAACAAUUGAGAAUGUCCACUUGGGAGAGAUGAGGAUUCCUGUGCCACCACCCCUUUGACCAGAUGCUCUCGGGGUAUGCGAGAACACAUGGUCAGACGAGGAGAGAGCAGUAGGAGUAGCAGUGUUUUCAGUGGUAAUCCAUGUUUCCGUCAGCGCCAGGAAGUCGAGGGACUGGAGGGUAGCAUAGGCUGGGAUGAAGUCAGCCUUGUUGGCGGCAGAACGGCAGUUCCAGAGGCUGCCUGAGACCUGGAACUCCAGGUGUGUGGUGCGUGCAGGGACCACCAGGUUAGAGAGGCAGCAGCCACGCGGUGUGAGGCGUUUGUGUAGCCUGUGCGGAGAGGAGAGAACAGGGAUAGGCAGAGGCAUAGUUGACAGGCUGCAGCAGAUGGCUACAAUAAUGCAGAGGAGAUCAGAAUGAGAUGAACUAAACAUCUGGGAAAGGAGAGAGCAGGCCUCCCUCACCAAAAAAAUAUAUAACUCUCCCAACUUCCACCUCAGAAACUAUAAUUGUUUCACUGAACCACCCGAAUAAAACUCUCCCAACUUCCACUUUAGAAAUUAGAAUUGUUGUAAACUACAGCAGACUGUUAUCAGUAGCUGUAAUUAAGUACAGCAGCUACCAACCACCUAACGUUAAUGCCUCGGAUAAUGAGGUUAGAAAAACACCUGAAUGGUGGCAGCUAGCUGGCUCAAUCACAGGUACUCUUAAGCAUGAAAUAACAUUGGAAACAACUAACCACAGUUGCUAAAAGUUACCAGUAGCUACCCGCUAGCUAGCUAGCUAGCUUUGUUGGUCCAAGUAGUGGGUAAGCUAGCCUCGUGCUUCGCCGGGGUCCGCCGAAUACAAUACUUACCUACAAUAAUUACCUACAAUAACCUACAAUAACUACCUGAGUAAACUACCUAUAAUACCUAACUACAAUACCUACCUACAAUCUAAAUACAUGGUUUAAGCUUUACUCAACACCAUAUAAGAAGCCAAGCUUACCUUUCAUAAGGCAGCAAUGAUUAAACGUGACUUAGUACUUGGUGGCAAAACCCUUGUUGGCAAUCACAGAAGUCAGACGUUUCUUGUAGUUGGCCACCAGGUUUGCACACAUCUCAGGAGGGAUUUUGUUCCACUCCACUUUGCAGAUCUUCUCCAAGUCAUUAAGGUUUUGAGGCUGACGUUUAGGAAACUCGAGCCUUCAGCUCCCUCCACAGAUUUUCUAUGGGAUUAAGGUCUGGAGACUGGCUAGGCCACACCAGGACCUUAAUGUGCUUCUUCUUGAGCCACUCCUUUGUUGCCUUGGCUGUGUGUUUUGGGUCAUUGUCAUGCUGGAAUACUCAUCCACGACCCAUUUUCAAUGCCUGACUGAGAGAAGGAGGUUCUCACCCAAGAUUUGACGGUACAUGGCCCCGUCCAUCGUCCCUUUGAUGCGGUGAAGUUCUCCUGUCCCCUUAGCAGAAAAACACCACCAAAGCAUAAUGUUUCCACCUCCAUGUUUGACGGUGGGGAUGGUGUUCUUGGGGUCAUAGGCAGCAUUCCUCCUCCUCCAAACACGGCGAGUUGAGUUGAUGCCAAAGAGCUCGAUUUUGGUCUCAUCUUACCACAGCACUUUCACCCAGUUCUCCUCUGAAUCAUUCAGAUGUUCAUUGGCAAACUUCAGACGGCCCUGUAUAUGUGCUUUCUUGAGCAGGGGGACCUUGCGGGCGCUGCAGGAUUUCAGUCCUUCACAGCGUAGUGUGUUACCAAUUGUUUUCUUGGUGACAGCUGCCUUGAGAUCAUUGACAAGAUCCUCCCGUGCAGUUCUGGGCUGAUUCCUCACCGUUCUCAUGAUCAUUGCAACUCCACGAGGUGAGAUCUUGCAAGGAGCCCCAGGCCGAGGGAGAUUGACAGUUCUUUUGUGUUUCUUCCAUUUGCAAAUAAUCGCACCAACUGUUGUCACCUUCUCACCAAGCUGCUUGGCGAUGGUCUUGUAGCCCAUUCUAGCCUUGUGUAGGUCUACAAUCUUGUCCCUAACAUCCUUGGAGAUCUCUUUGGUCUUGGCCAUGGUGGAGAGUUUGGAAUCUGAUUGAUUGAUUGCUUCUGUGGACAGGUGUCUUUUAUACAGGUAACAAGCUGAGAUUAGGAGCACUCCCUUUAAGAGUGUGCUCCUAAUCUCAGCUCGUUACCUGUAUAAAAGACACCUGGGAGCCAGAAAUCUUUCUGAUUGAGAGGGGGUCAAAUACUUAUUUCCCUCAUCAAUUUAUAACAUUUUUGAAAUGCAUUCUUCUGCAUUUUUUUGUUUUUAUUCUGUCUCUCACUGUUCAAAUAAACCUACCAUUAAAAUUAUAGACUGAUCAUUUCUUUGUCAGUGGGCAAACAUACAAAAUCAGCAGGGGAACAAAUACUUUUUUCCCUCACUGUAUAUAUGGUACUGUACUGUGUUAACUAUACAUGGUACUGUACUGUGUUAACUAUACAUGGUACUGUACUGUUUACUAUAUAUGGUAUUGGACUGUGUUAACUAUAUAUGGUACUGUACUGUUUACUAUAUAUGGUAUUGGACUGUGUUUACUAUAUAUGGUACUGUACUGUUUACUAUAUAUGGUACUGUACUGUGUUAACUAUACAUGGUACUGUACUGUUUACUAUAUAUGGUAUUGGACUGUGUUUACUAUAUAUGGUACUGUACUGUUUACUAUAUAUGGUAUUGGACUGUGUUAACUAUAUAUGGUACUGGACUGUGUUAACUAUACAUGGUACUGUACUGUUUACUAUAUAUGGUAUUGGACUGUGUUAACUAUAUAUGGUAUAGUACUGUGUUAACUAUAUAUGGUAUAGUACUGUUUACUAUAUAUGGUACUGUACUGUGUUUACUAUAUAUGGUACUGUACUGUUUACUAUAUAUGGUAUUGGACUGUGUUAACUAUAUAUGGUACUGUACUGUGUUAACUAUACAUGGUACUGUACUGUUUACUAUAUAUGGUACUGUACUGUUAACUAUACAUGGUACUGUACUGUUUACUAUAUAUGGUAUUGGACUGUGUUAACUAUAUAUGGUAUAGUACUGUGUUAACUAUAUAUGGUAUAGUACUGUUUACUAUAUAUGGUACUGUACUGUGUUUACUAUAUAUGGUACUGUACUGUUUACUAUAUAUGGUAUUGGACUGUGUUAACUAUAUAUGGUAUAGUACUGUUUACUAUAUAUGGUACUGUACUGUGUUUACUAUACAGUGGGGAGAACAAGUAUUUGAUACACUGCCGAUUUUGCAGGUUUUCCUACUUACAAAGCAUGUAGAGGUCUGUAAUUUUUAUCAUAGGUACACUUCAACUGUGAAAUCCAGAAAAUCACAUUGUAUGAUUUUUAAGUAAUUAAUUUGCAUUUUAUUGCAUGACAUAAGUAUUUGAUACAUCAGAAAAGCAGAACUUAAUAUUUGGUACAGAAACCUUUGUUUGCAAUUACAGAGAUCAUACGUUUCCUGUAGGUCUUGACCAGGUUUGCACACACUGCAGCAGGGAUUUUGGCCCACUCCUCCAUACAGACCUUCUCCAGAUCCUUCAGGUUUCGGGGCUGUCGCUGGGCAAUACGGACUUUCAGCUCCCUCCAAAUAUUUUAUAUUGGGUUCAGGUCUGGAGACUGGCUAGGCCACUCCAGGACCUUGAGAUGCUUCUUACGGAGCCACUCCUUAGUUGCCCUGGCUGUGUGUUUCGGGUCGUUGUCAUGCUGGAAGACCCAGCCACGACCCAUGUUCAAUGCUCUUACUGAGGGAAGGAGGUUGUUGGACAAGAUCUCGCGAUACAUGGCCCCAUCCAUCCGCCCCUCAAUACGGUGCAGUCAUCCUGUCCCCUUAGCAGAAAAGCAUCCCCAAAGAAUGAUGUUUCCACCUCCAUGCUUCACGGUUGGGAUGGUGUUCUUGGGGUUGUACUCAUCCUUCUUCUUCCUCCAAACAUGGCGAGUGGAGUUUAGACCAAAAAGCUCUAUUUUUGUCUCAUCAGACCACAUGACCUUCUCCCAUUCCUCCUCUGGAUCAUCCAGAUGGUCAUUGGCAAACUUUAGACGGGCCUGGACAUGCGCUGGCUUGAGCAGGGGGACCUUGCCUGCGCUGCAGGAUUUUAAUCCAUGACGGCGUAGUGUGUUACUAAUGGUUUUCAUUGAGACUGUGGUCCCAGCUCUCUUCAGGUCAUUGACCAGGUCCUGUCGUGUAGUUCUGGGCUGAUCCCUCACCUUCCUCAUGAUCAUUGAUGCCCCACGAGGUGAGAUCUUGCAUGGAGCCCCAGACCGAGGGUGAUUGACCGUCAUCUUGAACUUCUUCCAUUUUCUAAUAAUUGCGCCAACAGUUGUUGCCUUCUCACCAAGCUGCUUGCCUAUUGUCCUGUAGCACAUCCCAGCCUUGUUCAGGUCUACAAUUUAAUCCCUGAUGUCCUUACACAGCUCUCUGGUCUUGGCCAUUGUGGAGAGGUUGGAGUCUAUUUGAUUGAGUGUGUGGACAGGUGUUUUUUUAUACAGGUAACGAGUUCAAACAGGUGCAGUUAAUACAGGUAAUGAGUGGAGAACAGGAGGGCUUCUUAAAGAAAAACUAACAGGUCUGUGAGAGCUGGAAUUCUUACUGGUUGGUAGGUGAUCAAAUACUUAUGUCAUGCAAUAAAAUGCAAAUUAAUUACUUAAAAAUCAUACAAUGUGAUUUUCUGGAUUUUUGUUUUAGAUUCCGUCUCUCACAGUUGAAGUGUACCUAUGAUCAAAAUUACAGACCUCUACAUGCUUUGUAUGUAGGAAAACCUGCAAAAUCGGCAGUGUAUCAAAUACUUGUUCUCCCCACUGUAUGGUACUGUACUGUGUUAACUAGAUAAGGUACUGGACUGUGUUAACUAUAUAUGGUACUGGACUGUGUGUUUCAGGUGAGAGACAAUGCCACGCUGGUGCUGUCCAGAGUGCUUCACACCCAUCGCCAGUUCCACCAGAACCAGGACAGCCAUGAAGAAAGUGAGUUAUCCCGAAGCACAGAUCUAGGAUCGGCCUACCUGUCCCCCAAUCCUAACCUUAAUUUAUCAGGGUGGUGAAUGCACUACUGACCUGAGAUCAGCAUCUAGGAAAAACGUCUCAACUUUUGGUCAUGUUCAUUAUGGCCAAACAUUUUGCAAGGGGAAACGAAAAAGAAUUUAGGGAGUCCCACCCUGUUUGAGUCUGUUAUCUUCUAUCUGAUGCCUACUGAACAUGUCCCUGGUGUCUCACCCUGUGUUGUGUGGUCUGGCGUCCCCUGUAGAAAACGCCCUGUUGGAAGAUGACAAGGUGUUCCACCUGGUGCGGCCAGCAGACGAGCUGGAUGAGGUCAAAUCUAAGAGAGGAAGUUUGAAGGCUAAGGCUACGACUAAAGCCAUCGCUGAGAUCUACCUGACACGACUGCUCUCUGUCAAGGUUAGUCAGUCUGAUAACUACACUACAUACAGCUGUUAUAGCACUCCGUAUAGAAGUUAUAGCGCUAUGUCUAGCAAUUAUAGCACUAGUAGGAACAGUUACAGCACUACGUAUAGCAGUUAUAGCACUACUAAGAACAGUUACAGCACUACAUAUAGCAGUUAUAGCACUACUAAGAACAGUUACAGCACUACAUAUAGAAAUUAUAGCACUACUAAGAACAGUUACAGCACUACAUAUAGCAGUUAUAGCACUACUAAGAACAGUUACAGCACUACAUAUAGAAAUUAUAGCACUACUAAGAACAGUUACAGCACUACAUAUAGAAAUUAUAGCACUACUAAGAACAGUUAUGGUACUAGUAGGAACAGUUAUAGCACCACAUAUAGCAGUUAUAGCACUACUAAGAACAGUUACAGCACUACAUAUAGCAGUUAUAGCACUACGUAUAGCAGUUAUAGCACUACUAAGAACAGUUACAGCACUACAUAUAGCAGUUAUAGCACUACGUAUAGCAGUUAUAGCGCUACUAAGAACAGUUAUAGCACUACAUAUAGCAGUUAUAGCACUACUAAGAACAGUUAUAGCACUACAUAUAGCAGUUAUAGCGCUACGUAUAGCAGUUAUAGCACUACGUAUAGCAGUUAUAGCACUACAUAUAGCAGUUAUAGCACUACCGAUAGCAGUUAUAGCACUACUAAGAACAGUUAUAGCACUACAUAUAGCAGUUAUAGCGCUACGUAUAGCAGUUAUAGCACUACGUAUUGCAGUUAUAGCACUACAUAUAGCAGUUAUAGCACUACUAAGAACAGUUAUAGCACUACAUAUAGCAGUUAUAGCGCUACGUAUAGCAGUUAUAGCACUACGUAUAGCAGUUAUAGCACUACAUAUAGCAGUUAUAGCACUACCGAUAGCAGUUAUAGCACUACGUAUUGCAGUUAUAGCACUACGUAUAGCAGUUAUAGCACUACGUAUUGCAGUUAUAGCAUUAUGUUUAGCAGUUAUAGUACUAGUUAUAAUAGGCUUAUAACACCUUUAGCACAAGUGCAGAAUUACUCAUUCAUUACUCAUUUGACCCGGAAAAUAUAAAAUGUAGAAUAUGUAGCGCUGAUUGUGUGGGUGGAGAGGAGAUGGACUCAUUGUGUGGGUGGACAGGAGAUGCACUCAUUGUGUGGGUGGACAGGAGAUGCACUCAUUGUGUGGGUGGACAGGAGAUGCACUCAUUGUGUGGGUGGACAGGAGAUGCACUCAUUGUGUGGGUGGACAGGAGAUGCACUCAUUGUGUGGGUGGACAGGAGAUACACUGGAAGUUGUGUGGGUGUAAGUGUGUGUUGUGGUACUUAAUGUGAGCUGAUGUUUUAUGCCUCUGUCAGAUACUAUCUACUGACUACCUAAUAUGAUAUGUGGUUGUUCCACCUAGCUCUCUUAAGAUGAAUGCAAUAACUGGAAGUCUCUCUGGAUAUGUCCUAGUGUGAGUGUCCUAAUAUGUGUGUGUGUCCUGUGUGUGUUGCAGGGUACUCUGCAGCAGUUUGUGGAUGAUUUCUUCCGCAGUGUGUUGUGUUCUGGAGCGGUGGUUCCUCCUGCUGUUAAAUACUUCUUUGACUUCCUGGAUGAGCAGGCUCUGAAACACGACAACGUUGAGGAGGAGACUGUCCAUAUCUGGAAGACCAACAGGUACACACACAUAGACACAAACACACACACACAGAUAUGCACACUGUAUACACACACGUAUAAACACAAUAGUUCAGUACCUCCAACCUUCUUCUACACUUGACUGUUCUUACCAUGUUGUAGUCCUAGGGUCUGACUCCUUUUUACCAUGUUGUAGUCCUAGGGUCUGACUCCUUUUUACCAUGUUGUAGUCCUAGGGUCUGACUGCUUCUUACCAUGUUGUAGUCCUAGGGUCUGACUCCUUCUUACCAUGUUGUAGUCCUAGGGUCUGACUCCUUUUUACCAUGUUGUAGUCCUAGGGUCUGACUGCUCCUUACCAUGUUGUAGUCCUAGGGUCUGACUGCUUCUUACCAUGUUGUAGUCCUAGCGUCUGACUCCUCUUUACAAUGUUGUAGUCCUAGGGUCUGACUGCUUCUUACCAUGUUGUAGUCCUAGGGUCUGACUCCUUUUUACAAUGUUGUAGUCCUAGGGUCUGACUGUCCUACCUUCCCUGGAAGUUAUCAGAGUGAAUUAUUUAACUCCUGUUGAUGGGAACUAUUAAAUAUAGAUACUGCUUGUGAUGUAUAUUUGAUUGACAGGUGGGAAUGAGUGUCAGAGUAAGAGCUGUAGUCAGGAUGAGGAGCUGAAAGACUGACUUCAUUAGACUCUAGAGACAUCUCUCUCACUAUCUAUCUUCUCCUCUUUCACUCACUCCCUCUCUUUCUUCCCCUGUUUCUCUUCUCUCCAUUCUCAGUCCCUUCCUCUUUAUCUAACUCUCUCUCUCUCUCUCUCUCUCUUUCUCUCUCUCCCUCCCUCUCUCUCUCUCUAUCCUUUCUCUCUCUCCCUCUCUCUUUCUCUCCCUCCCUCUAUCUCGCUCUCCCGCUCUCUAUCUCUCCCACCCCUCUCCUACAUAUCAGCAAGAGGAGAUAUCAGCAAGCCAAUUAAAUGAGGGCUUCCAGUGAAUGUGUUAUGUGAUGCAGCUAACAAAGCUUGAUAAUUAUACCCCGCUAUCCUUGGAUAAUGUUCCCCAGGCCUUAUCUCCAGUAAAGAAUAGGUUUUUAGGGGUUAGAGCUGUUGUGAAGCUGAGCUGGCUAGAGGGGAGAGAGGGAGAGAAAGGAAAGAGAGAGCGAGCGAGCAUCCAGCGAACAAAUAUAAAUUCUUAAAGAGGCUCUAGCUCGGUGUACGCUGAGGUGACCUGGAGGAGAAGACACACACACACACACACACACACACACACACGCACACAGACAGACCGCAGACUCAUUAGGAAUUCACUCGACCAAGGCUAAUUCAGAGGUAGAUGGAGAUCUGAUGACCCCUGUAGGCUCCUCCAGUCAGCAUUCUAAUAACACAGAACUCAAGUCCUUCUCAAAGGAGUAGAAUCUCACCACUUGAAUAGGAUUUCUAUAUGGGCUGAGGCUGGAGGACUCUGGCAGGUGGUGGGAUUAUUAGGCUUUAUUCAGCCUUACUCACACUUGUUUAGUUGUGGUUUCCUGUGUUGAGUUAAGAUGUCUGGGUUUGAGUGACUCAGCUGGUCUGUGAGGGAGAACGAAAAGGGAUCUGUUAUCUUGUUAAAUUAGAUGGGAAGGAGUUGGGCUUUAGUUUGGACAGCCUGCAACUGUUUCACCUUGCUCUUAUGCUGGGUUAAGCUGUGCUGCUCUGUGCGGUUGUGUGUGUGUGUAUAUACUAAUGUGUGUGUUCUCCUUCCCCAGCCUGCCCUUGCGUUUCUGGGUGAACAUCCUGAAGAACCCUCACUUCAUCUUUGACGUGCACGUGACGGAGGUGGUGGACGCGUCGCUGUCCGUCAUUGCUCAGACCUUCAUGGACGCCUGCACCAAGACGGAACACAAACUGAGCCGGGAAUCUCCCAGCAACAAGCUGCUCUAUGCAAAGGAGAUCUCCACCUAUAAGAAGAUGGUGGACGAGUGAGUUCUCUCAUAUUCAUCCCAGAACAUAUGAUGAUGAGGAUUGGAUUGACUGCCAAUCUAAUGAGCCGAUACUGCAGUACUCUUGACCAAUAUAGAGAAUAGGUUGCAGUCCGAACACACCAGAUGUAGUAUUAUCUCUUCUAGUGCAUCAUAAACAACACAGGGGAUAGGUUGGUAGGACCUGUCAGCCAAUCAGACAUCUCAUCUCGCUCUCCUUCUGUCUCUCCUCAGUUACUACAAGGGAAUCAAGCAGAUGGUCCCAGUCAGUGACCAGGACAUGAACACACACCUGGCUGAGGUGUCCAGGGUACGUACCUGUGUGUUCACGUGUGACCUCACAUCUGUUUGUGGUUGUGUGUGGGCAGUCUUCUAUUGCAUCAUCAGAAUACACCAAUAAGAUUCAUCCUUCCUUCUUUGUCCUCUCCAGGAACACACAGACAAGCUGAAUACCCAGGCGGCCUUGCACCAGCUCUACCAGUAUGCCAGCAAAUACUAUGACGGGGUAAAAACCUUACUACUCACUUCCUUGUUUGGUGGUUUGAAGGCCCUAUCCACUUGGUUAAGAACCUUAGGACUCACUUCCUUGUUUGGUGGUUUGAAGGCCCUAUCCACUUGGUUAAGAACCUUAGGACUCACUUCCUUGUUUGGUGGUUUGAAGGCCCUAUCCACUUGGUUAAGAACCUUAGGACUCACUUCCUUGUUUGGUGGUUUGAAGGCCCUAUCCACUUGGUUAAGAACCUUAGGACUCACUUCCUUGUUUGGUGGUUUGAAGGCCCUAUCCACUUGGUUAAGAACCUUAGGACUCACUUCCUUGUUUGGUGGUUUGAAGGCCCAAUCCACUUGGUUAAGAACCUUAGGACUCACUUCCUUGUUUGGUGGUUUGAAGGCCCUAUCCACUUGGUUAAGAACCUUAGGACUCACUUCCUUGUUUGGUGGUUUGAAGGCCCUAUCCACUUGGUUAAGAACCUUAGGACUCACUUCCUUGUUUGGUGGUUUGAAGGCCCUAUCCACGUGGUUAACUACCUCUGCAUUGUCCCUACAUCCUGUAGGAAAUUAGACAAAUGAAUGGCACUUGCUGUCGCAGAAAAUCUGUUUACUACUGUCUCUUCUGUGUCCUCUCUCGUUUACCCUCCCUCCCUCCCUCCAGAUCAUCCAGUCUUUAGAUGAAGACCCAGCCGCCCAGAGUAAACAGCUGACCCUGCGGCUGCAGCAGAUAGCCGCCGCCCUCGAGAACAAGGUCACUGACCUUUAACCUCUGACCCCCAGAGAGGUGGGGCCAGAUAUAGGGGGAGGAGCUAUGGGACCACUGUAGACCAAGAUGAGGGGGACCGGAGACUGAGGCAGAACUCGUUAACUUCAGACUAUUACAGUACCAACCAUGAAGAGUUACACAUAUCAAUCUUCCGCCUAGAGACAGGAUGUGGGAAACUAUGGCGUUUGGGGAAAAUACUUGUGAAGGAGCAGAACUACAGGGCCAAACUUGGACAGGAUGAUUCCUAA